GUCACAAAGAGGAUAUGCUUUAAGUCUUGGUAAAGCCAGAAACAGUUAACAAUCAGACUGCAUCUCAGCCCUGUCAAGAUGGAUCUCCAUAACAGGUGAUGAAUAGUUUUAUUUGGGGAAUAUAUUAACUUUUACUAGUGGGGAAAAGUUUUAGAUUGGUUUCCAGGUCAAGUUGAGGCCAAUAAAUAUACAUUCACAAUCCUGUACCUAUCAAAUAAUCAACUUUAUGUGUGGCUUUGGCACUGAUUCAAACAACCACAUUUCCUUUCUCCACUCUAUAGCAGCUUUUUCUCUGUAUUUGGGGAAAAAAAAAAAACCCAGAAGAAGAAGAUAAGGAACCAGGAAUAAGAUUUGGAUGAGUAUGGUGAGAAUCUAAGCUUUACAAGUGAGGGGGCUAGGAAGAUGGCUUUGUGGUCCAGCAUAGGAACGAGGGGUGCUUCAUAUUAUUGAAUUCCUGUUCCACAAAGAAGAAGCCACAAAGACAAAGUCUUUGAGCUCUUUGCUCGCCUACUUUUAAGGCUUGCUGGGUUCUGGGAGAUGGAGGGUCUGGAAUGCUUUCUAAUGACAGCGUGUCAGCCAGGUGGUGUUCUGGCUCUCCCAUGAGUUCCCAACUUUUCCCCUCAUCUGCCUCUGAGCUGUUACCUCCUUCAAUCCCCUGUUGUAAAUCUAUAUUGUCUUCCUCUUCCUCCUCCCUGGAACAGUCAGGAUGGGGAGGCUGUCUCCACUGCCCAGUCCCUGACACAAGAACCCACUUUGCCAAUCCUGAUUUUUGAAGAAGAGAAAUACUCAGAGCAUGUGCCAUUUUGCAUUGUAAACUUGCUUUGAUCAUGGCGCCAGCAGGGCUACAGGCAUAAAAUGGAGGCUGCUUCUGCUGACCUAAUGCUAAACUGAUUUAACUUGGGGAUAGGCAUUAUCUUGUUGCACAAAAAGUAACACAUUUUUUAAAAAUGUAGAAAAUAAUCAUCCGGUCAAGGCUUUUAUUGCCCCCCUUCACCGUAUAAGGUCAAUCACUGCCCAGAGGAAACACAACUGCAAUACAUUCCAAUACAUUGUAAAGCUCAGAGUGCUGGUCAGCCAAGGUCAGGGGGCACCCUGCAAUAUUACAAGCCUUUACCGUGGCUUUGUGACUCCCACAUUCCCUCUUUCUUUACUUUAUAUCAGAGUCAAUACGCGAUAUAUCGAGCGAUAAGCAACUCUUUGACACCGGAAGCGGGCUGCGGACUGGAGAACCAUGCAGUACAUAUAGAGAUUAUAGAAAGAAUACAUUGGAUACAGCAACACAAAAUAAUGCAAAUAACUACUAUAAUGAUCACUAAAAUCAAUAACUACUAUAAUGAUCACUAAAAUCAAUAAAUGUCAAGCCAACUGUCCGAAGCCAAGAAUAUAAGAAUUCUGAUUCCAAGCUGCAUGGUAGGCUUCCUUUUAGUUUAUUAGCCAUGCACUGGUGUCACUCCUAUAGCACUGAGAUUGGUUCCUGUAAGAGAACAAGAGCUAUUAAAAGUGAGAUUCAAUGUAUAUUUGCAGUUUUGAUAUAUGCCCCAUGAUUCUUUCCCUCCUUAAUUUGAAAAUAACUGGGGGCAGGCUCACGGAGGGUCAAUUAUACUGGAGGCUUAGGGGAUAUAAUAUUAGUAAAUUGAAAAGAUCCAUUGACAGGCACACCAUGAAGCAUUAUGCCUGAAUGACUGGCAUACACACCCAACAUUUAGAAGCAUGCAAUAAACUGGCAAACAUAAUCAUAUCUUGUACAAAAAUAUUAUUCCUCCAUAUCUUAUGAUAAUUUUCUCCCCUAAAAGUCUUAUUCAACAACGCUGUUCUUCUAGUUCGAAAGUGGCUGAGCCGUGGAUACUGCCAGCCAGAGUAGGAAGCUGACGACAGCUGCUUGCCAGCCGAUGAGGUGAAAUAUGGUGGUUUCAACUGGACUGGUCGUCUGCUUCUCUUCCUUGUAUAAAGGUGCAGCAAAGGAUGGCAAGGCAAAUGGUUAGGAAGACAAACACUGCCAGAUGCAGCUCGUGUGCAGCACCUCUAGGUGGCGCAUGCGGAAAGGUUUCAAUGCUUCACCCACAAAAUGUUGACAAAGUGUAGGGGAGUUCCACAUGCCUUGAGGCAGGACAAUCCACUGAUAUCGCUGGGUGGGCUGCGAAUUGUGAUGUGCUGGCAAUGUAAAAGCAAACUGUUCCCUGUCUGCUGGAGCCAGUGGGAUGAAGAUGGUUCAAUGUGGUCGAAAGUCAAUUGUUCAGAAAUAAGCUGGUCAGAGAUAGCUGGUGCCGCUGCGGCGGAGAUUUCUAUUGGUAGAGGCCACUGUUCUACCCCCACUGGGGUAUCGGUGGUCCUGGUUUGCCACCCUGGAAAUAAGUUGUAUCGGUGGCUACAGGCUGGUUUUCAUUUAGCGCUGCUGCCAGCAGAUAAGCCUUGUGGCUGGCUGUUCCAACAGACUGACAAAUGCGAAGCAUGGCUGCUAUGUCUGUGGCAGGAUUGUGUAUUAUCGGUCGCAAUGCAAGUUUACAAUCCUCAUUGGCAUUUUCAAAGGCCAAUUGUUUGAUAAUUAUUUGUUUGGCUUCAGGAUUUUCAAUUUGGUGACUCACUGCUGUAAGCAGCCUAUCCAUAAAGGAAGAAUAUGAUUCUCUUGCCUCUUGCCUGAUUGAACCCCACCUUGAUUGAAUACUGGUGGGUUCUGGGAUUUUUCUCAUUGCUUGUUUAGCAGCAAGAGCAGUGUCCCUCAAUAAGAUUUGCAGCAGUGUGGCUUGCACUGAAGCUUGAGCGAAGGGACCACGCCCCAACAUGGCAUCUAAGACGUCUGCGAGGGUAACAUUUGGAUUAUUUCCUCUGACUUGUUGUAACAAGGCUGGAGCAUAAGCACGGCAGGCAGUUUCCCAUUCGUGGGCAAACAAAACACCAGCUGAUGGGGCAACACUGUAUGGGCCAAAAGCUUUAUGUCCUCUGGAACCAAGAGCUGGGCUAAUGUGGCUUCUAAAAGCGCCUGCGUAUAUGGGGCUUGGAGUCCAUUGGCCUUUACUGACUGUUGCAGCUCUUUCAAAAUCUUAAAGUCAAAAGGUUGGUGUUGGGCUUUGGUGCCUGCUGGAGCACCAGCAGGGAGCACAAUAACAGGGAAUGCCAUAGUACCCUGAAUUAAGGAAGAGGCAAGGACUGCACGUUGAAAAGGUUCUGGUUCUGGUUCUGCCGCUGAAAGAGCAGGAUCAUUGCCAGCCAGACCACGGUAUUUUUGCAGGAUUGAGUCCUCAGGUGAGGCACUGUAGUCUGGAGGUUUGGGGUCUGGAGCUGCUGGCAAAACGAGUAUUGGAACAGUCUCUAACACAGCAGGCUGAAUUAAAGAAGCUGAAGGUUGUGUGGGCAAUGCAGCCAUAGAGAUAUUUUUUGGUGAUAAAGAGCCCAUGGCGUAACGAACCUUGCACCAUGCAUUUAAAAUCCGAACACCUAUGCUGGGGUGCCCAUGAAAAUGUUCCCCAAUCUUGUCCCAAAGUUUUAAUUCCCAAGUCCCAUCUGCAGGAAACCAGGGGGAAUGCUCUCCGAUAGCGAGAAUGAGCUGGAUUAAAUCACCAUCCGGAACUUCCAAUUUGUUGGAGGAGAGGAGAAAUUUUAAGUCUUUUAAAAAUUUCUGUUGGGGAGCAGACAAAGAGCUGCCCAUUUUUCUAAAAUCAAUAUAAAUAAGGGAUCGGAACUCACCGGGAUCUUUUUAAGAUGAUUAGCGCUUGCAACCCUUGCCGGGCGUGGUGAGCCGAUGAUAUCCUUUGCUAGGAUCGAUAAACCUCACACGGUUUCCUUUUAAAAGCCUCAGCAGCACAGUCAAAGUGAGUUUCUGUAACCAUAUAUCUGCCAAGCUAGCCACCACCUGAUUGUUUUUAAAGUGCGCUCUCUCUUUCUCUCUCUCUCUCUCUCUCUCUCUCUCACACACACACACACAGUGUAUACUCCACCAUACACUGACAACACACCUCUUGCCUAGGGAAAGAGAGCUUGUGAAAUACGACAGCAAUCCCUAGGGACAUGCAUACAGCUUUGGCAGGUACAUCACAAUUGGUGGGAAAGGGGUGGAGGUCUCUGAGAGCAGAACAGCAAGGCCAUAAUAAUAAUAAUAAUAAUAAUAAUAAUAAUAAUAAUAAUAAUUUAUUAUUUAUACCCCACCCAUCUGACUGGGUUUCCCCAGCCACUCUGGGCGGCUUCCUACAAAACAUUAAAAAUACAAUAAAACAUCAGACAUUAAAACUUCCCUAAACAGGGCUGCCUUCAGAUGUCUUCUAAAAGUCAGAUAUUUAUUUCCUUGAUAUCUGAUGGGAGGUCUUUCCACAGGGCAGGUGCCACUACCAAGAAGGCCCUCUGCCUGGUAAAAGGUAAAAAGGUAAGGGUAAAGGACCCCUAGACAGCUAAGUCCAGUCAAAGGCAACUAUGAGGUACGGAGCUCAUCUCACUUUCAGGCCAAGGGAGCCGGCGUUUCUUCGCAGACAGCUUUCCGGGUCAUGUGGCCAGCAUGACAAAUUCGCUUCUGGUGCAACGGGACACCAUGACGGAAACCAGAGCGCUUGGAAACACCAUUUACCUUCCUGCAAAAGCAGUACCUAUUUAUCUGCUGGCACUGAUGUGCUUUUGAACUGCUAGGUUGGCAGGAGCUGGGACAGAGCAACAGGAGCUCACCCCAUUGCGGGGAUUCGAACUGCCGACCUUCUGAUCGGCAAACCUAAGAGGCUCAGUAGUUUAGACCACAGCGCCACCUUUGUCAUUCUGGUAGCGUGAGUCCACAUGGGGAAAUCAGAAAUCUCGAGAUGUCCAUCUCUCAGGCAGUGCUCAUACCAGCUAUUCUUUGGUUAAGUUUGGUGUAAGCAUCUAGGCUUGCCACUUAUCCCAUAUAAUACAGGAUUGUCCCAUUUUUCAAUGACCCUCAGGGUCCCUUCCCAGUACGAUUCUAUGAAUAUGCUGUGUCCUGUAUUGAUACAGUUUUGUCCUGAAUUUUAGGUCUUCUCUCCCUCACUCAUGCGCUCUCUCUCUCUCUCUCUCUCUCUCUCUCUCUCUCUCUCUGUGUCUGCCAAGUUAGGGAUCCUCUCCAAAUGCAUCUGUUUGAAAGGAUGUGCAAAAGAUCAUGCAUUUAAACUCUGAGUAGCUAAGCACAGACAGUUUUACAAAAUCAUGUAAGAUGCCACACACGUCCAUGUGUGACAAAUUUCAGAGAGGCCAUCCUCUUAGGCUGCAAUAGAUUGCUUUGGUCACUUCAGCACCAGAUGGGGGGGGGGUGUCCCUCAACCAUCCUGCUCUGUCCUAUAUUUUCCCAGAACAAAGGUGGCAACCUUAGAACAUACCUUUCUGUUUGCUGCUUGGAUGCAAGUGAGACAGCCAAGCUCCAGUCAGCUUGUUGGAUUACCAAGCCCUGCCCACAAGGCACACCCAGAGGAUUAAGGGGCAGCAUCUCGACACCAGGGACUCAGCUACACAGCUGCAAAUAAAACGUUUUCAAUGUGUUUUAAGUGCAAUAUACAAUGUGACACUAGAUGGCGAUGGUGAGCCUUAUGGAAAAUUCAAUGUAUUUUUAAAAAUGCUUUUUUAAAAAAGCAUUUUCAGAAUGGUUUUUAUAUGCGUGUAGAGUCCACCCGGGUCAGAGGCAAGGCUUUACAACAGGAGGCAAGCACAUUCAAAGAGAUCUAUGCCGAUGGGAAGAAAAAAGUUUGACAAUUUAAAUAUGAUUUGGACAGGGCUUAAAACAACCAGCAUCAAGAGAAUUGAAUAUUCUGAAAAGGAUGAAAAAUUAAUUUAGAAAGCAUACUAAAAAAAAUCAUUUAAAUUUUCUAGCCGCUGUGUCACUUUUCCCUGUCAGAUCUCUACUGAACUUAAAUAUGCAAGAGCCCAUUUCAUGCAAACUCCUUCCUGACGUUAUGAAGCAUUUAUGAGUCACAACACUUGAAUAGUUUUCAUCUUAACAACACUAUGUUAGAUCACACCAAUUAAUAUAUUCAAAGGGAAGAACCAUAUGUUAUUACUGGAAUGCAGGGCUUUUAGUAAUUGCGGUUGCUGUAGGUGAAGUCCCGAUGAUAAAGAAAUGAAUGUGGGAAAUGAAUGUGCAAAAUAUUCAGAUUUAUUCAAAUUUCUGGAGAGGAAGAUGCGGUGUUGACUGCUGAAGAAUGGAAUGCUACCAUUGGGGAGAGAAGAAAGGAAUUCAUUGCAAUAACAGUUUGCAAAAUAUCCGAGACAGAUAUAAAAACAAAGCCACAUCUUUACAGCAGAUCAUUUUGGGAAACAAAAUUGCUAAGUGAAACAGAUGUCUUUUCCUUUCUCAGCUUGGCUGACAUAAAUCGCAGAUGCCCAUUAGCCAAAAGACGUGUGUGAACAUUUUACAUGUAAGACAGAAAACGAGAACUUCACUGUUAUUUGUGAGCUCCCUGCUCCUUCUGACAGCUUAAUUCCCCCCCCCUUUUGUUUUGUUGUUGUUCUGACAGAGAAAGAAAAUAGUUGUGUUUUUUUUUUUAUCUGAACUAGUAAAUAGAUAGUACUAGCAGUAAAUAAUCACAGGCAUAAUUAGGGGCUCAGCAGUGUGGCCCACUGGCAAAUGAAAUUUAUAUUUUGCUGUGAUCUCUUGAUCUCCUUGGGUGAGAUCUCUGAAUGACCAGAUUGUUCAAGGUUCCAUGGCUUCAGGGACUGUUAUGAGAGCACCGUCUUGCAGCCAGUUUUGUGGCUAUUCCUACUACUGAAUCUAUGCAGUUUGGUCUUCACUGACAGAGAUCCGUCAAAGAGGAUGCUAUUCUGUUGAGGAGCAGUCAAAGAUACAAUGCACCCCCAAGCAGUCACUGUAAUAACCCUACCUGUCAUAGUUAUAGCUAUUUUGCAGAAAAGGGGAUGUGGUUCUUCAGCUUUAUUGGUAAUAGGGUGCUGAUACGCCCUCUGCUCAACAAAGGUCUGUAUAGUUAAAGCCAUGGUUUUCCCGGUAGUGAUGUAUGGAAGUGAGAGCUGGACCAUAAAGAAGGCUGAUCGCCAAAGAAUUGAUGCUUUUGAAUUAUGGUGCUGGAGGAGACUCUUGAGAGUCCCAUGGACUGCAAGAAGAUUAAACGCAUCCAUUUUUAAGGAAAUUAGCCCUGAGUGCUCACUGGAAGGACAGACUGUGAAGCUGAGGCUCCAAUACUUUGGCCACCUCAUGAGAAGAGAAGACUCCCUGGAAAAGACCCUGAUGUUGGGAAAGGUGGAGGGCACAAGGAGAAGGGGACGACAGAGGACGAGAUGGUUGGACAGUGUUCUCAAAGCUACAAACAUGAGUCUGACCAAACUGCGGGAGGCAGUGGAAGACAGGAGUGCCUGGCAUGCUCUGGUCCAUGGGGUCACGAAGAGUCGGACAUGACUAAACGACUAAACAACAAAAACAAUGCCCUCUGCUCUCUAAUAAUGUGCAUACAUCAGAAGGUAAAGGUAAAGGACUCCUGGACAGUUAAGUCCAGUUGAAGGUGACUAUGGGGUUGUGGUGCUCAUCUCGCUCCAGGCCAAGGGAGCCGGCGUUUGUCCACAGACAGCUUUCCGGGUCAUGUGACCAACAUGACUAAACUGCUUCUGGUGCAAUAGAACACCAUGAUGGGCAUGGAAAUGCCGCUUACCUUCCCGCCACAGUGAUACCUAUUUCUCUACUUGCACUGGCAUGUUUUUGAACCACUAGGCUGGCAGAAGAUAGAACAGAGCAACUGGACCUCACCCCGUCACAGGGAUUUAUUUGAACUGCCGACCUUCUGAUUGACAAGCCCAAGAAGCUCAGUGGUUUAGACCACAGCCUAAGAUGGCCAAUGGACACUUUAUGUUGUACCCAAAGAACCAAUUUCUUUCCUUCAUUGAAUUAUGUUGAGUGGGGGAAGAUACCUGCUUUCCCAUGUAUGGCAUGUUGUCAAGCUGUCUUUGUACUUGCCUCCCCAGAGUUAAAAUGAUCAGAAAGGGUGAACAGGCACAGGGGAAGAAAAGCUUCUCUUCCCAUUACAGAAUGGCUUCCAAGGAACAUAAAGAAGCUCCACAAACAGCACCAUCACCACCAAAUAGCAGUGAUGUACCACUGCUCCUGAAUAAAAUUUAACAGCCUGGGUCCUAAGUUAGGUCAAUGUUGCACAUAUUGCAGUCAUGAGAAGGAAGCUAAAAAAAGAACUUGGUGGGUUUGACAAAAGCUGGCUAAUGAGUUUGUGGCUGAGGUGAACUUUGAACUGAGGUCUUUCCAACCCACACUCUUAUAAAGAUCUAUACUGGGAAGAAAGAGGUGAGUGAAAAUCUACAUUAGGAACAAGUGGGGGGGGAAUCAAAUCAUCCUUACCUUAUGGGAAAAGGUACCAACGCUAACAGAAUGCAAAAUAAAUUAUUAGACUAUGUGGAAAUGGCUCAACUAACAAAUAGGUUAAUAGGUCGCACCAAACAAUUAUUUUCUCAAAAAUGGGAAAUGUUUAAGAUAUACUUACAAAAAAAUAACAGUGACAUAUUAUCUAUGGUAGUGUUUGAAUGACCCUUGUAUACAUAAAAUAUUAAGAAAUAAAGGAAAAUCAGUACACUAGGUUGCAAGGAAGUAUUGGAAAGUAUAUUAAAUGUAAAGUAAUAAUUAUAAGUAGAUUCAAAAUCACAAAUGUCAACUAUAUCGGGAAAUGAUGGGAAGUCUAUAUUUAUUUUACUUCAGUUUGUUGUUGUUUUAUUUUAUUUUAUGUACCAUUAUAUGAUUUUAGCUUAGCUGAAAUCUAAGUGGAAUUAGAAAGUCUAAUUUACAUUCUAAGUUAGACUAAUUUAAGAAUAUAUAUAUUUAUAUACAGUGGUACCUUGGGUUACAUACGCUUCAGGUUACAGCCUCCACUAACCCAGAAAUAGUACCUCAGGUUAAGAACUUUGCUUCAGGAUGAGAACAGAAAUCGUGCUCCGGCGGCGCAGCAGCAGCAGCAGCAGGCCCCAUUAGCUAAAGUGGUCUUCAGGUUAAGAACAGUUUCAGGUUAAGAACGGACCUCUGGAACGAAUUAAGUACUUAACCUGAGGUACCACUGUAUAUAGUAUGUAUGUGUAUGUGUGAAGUUAAAUCUGUAAUGACAUUAAUGAAUUUCAUUAAUAAAAGACACAAUGGCAAAAUAAAAUAAAAUAAAUCACCAUCCUUACCUUAUGGUUGAAAAGGUGACCAAAGGCUGUUGUCAUUGGGGAGGGUCCUGCUCUGAAUCUGGCCAGGCAGGGGGAGGCCCCAGAGGACAGUCUCUGUCAUUUCUUCCCAAGCAGUGGGGAAAGACCAGCAGUGCUUCUUAUUUGCCAAUAGCUCACUAUAAAGGAAGCAUGGGGGAUGCCAAGGAGGUGGCAGAUCUGACCUCCAAGGAGCUGUCCCUGUGGCAGUGGGCGAUGCAUUCCCUGGAGGCUAGAUCCACUGCCCUUGUGGAUCCUGCUGCCCAAGGCGAUCACCUCACCUUGCCUCAUGGGUGGGAUGGCCCUGACAGUGGAUGUGGGACUAGAGCAGGGAUCAGCAAACUUUUUCAGCAGGGGGCCAAUCCACUGUCCCUCCGACCUUGUGGGUGGCUGGACUAUGUUUUGAAGGAAAAAAAUGAACAAAUUCCUAUGCCCCACAAAUAACCCAGAGAUGCAUUUUAAAUAAAAGGGCACAUUCUACUCAUGUAAAAACAUGCUGAUUCCCAGACCGUCCAUGGGCCGGAUUUAAAAGGCGAUUGGGCCAGAUCCGGCCCCUGGGCCUUAGUUUGCCUACCCAUGGACUAGAGGAAGUCUUAUGUCAUAAAGGUGUGGCUAGAGGCAUGGCCUGCAGCUUCUUUCUCCAUGUUAGCUCUUCAUCUGGUGAUAGGAUAACAUCUGUAUCCAGAUGUGAUGCCAGAUGUGGAUGUUGCUUAGAGCUGGCUCUGGAAAAUACACAUCUUGAUGCAUGGUGCCAGUGGGCAGUGACAUUCUGAAGACUGCUUCCUUUCUUCCAAGCUAAGACAUUGUCAGGUUGCUCUUUAAACAUCUGUAAAUGACCAGCAGCAAAGAUUUGAGCAGAUUUUGCACCGUAUGCCCCGUUUGGAAGGCUGGGCAAAUGCAGAUGCUGAUUUGUUUAAAGUGAAGUCUCUGCCAAAACCUCAGUUGAUGUUGUUGUUGGUGGAGGAGAUAAGUUAUCAUUGGACAUGGCUGAUGUUACUGGAUCCUAAAACCUGUGGUUAUUUCGAAAUACAGCACUGGUUAUAAAAUAAUUGAGACAGCAAGAGGUAUCAAUGCAGUUUCCCCUCAUUCCUAUCCCAUCCUUCAUCUCUGAAUUAAUGGUUGUGUGAUUAAUUUCUAUAUUGGCUGAUAUGACUGAAGAUGAUCGUUCAAAUCACUGCUCCAGUUUUUGAUUAGCGUUCCUCUGUUCUUAAUCAAAGUUGUAAGGUGGGAUGGGGGCAGCCCCUCAAAGAAUCUGCUCUUUUUUAAAAAAGCCUGCAAUGGUUUCUUCACUCAUUAUAGGUUUUCUGAUAUAUUCCCCCCCACACACACACAUAAGGUUGAUACAUAUUUCCUUAAGCACAUUUUCCAGGAUGCAUUUUAUAGCAUGCAAAUGUCUAGCAGAUUGCUUACACACAGAAAAAGUUGUUGCUGCUGUUAACAUUUAAAUAUAAUGAAAUCAGUAUGCAAAUAUGAUCAUUAGGGACAUAACCGUAUGGCUGAUUAUUUGUAUGAGGGGGGGAAACCCCAGAUUGUUUGCUUGAACUUGCUUGAUGCACAUAAAAUGAAAGCUACAUUCUUUCUUCUGUGUGUAUUUCUUCCUGCAUCAGUGUUCCUAAUGUGAGAUGAUAUCGGUCUUCUUGGCAUAAGUUCAAUUAUGAGUUGAGCCCAUUUAAUCUUUAAUCCUGUUCACACUUAUCUGGGAAGGAAGUUCCAUUGAACUCUAUGGUGCUUAUUUCUGAGUAGACAGGUGUAGAAAACAUUAAAGAUUUGUCCUUCCUCACUGUCAAAUACUUUUAAAUACUUUUUUAUUGUAUUGAUGCAUGAAAAGCUCAUAAAAUGGGGAUAAGAAUGCUGCCACGUUCUCAUGAAGGUAUCGGAUAUGGAAGGAUGCCUUAGAUCUUUAGAUAUGCUGAGUAGCAGAAGAUGCACAAGGUUAAUGGUGAAUAACAGCUGAAUUUGAGGAAGGGUUCUGAUACAUUUCCAGGGACCUCCAUUUUGAAAAAUUAAGGGAAUUGGGUUUGCGGACUGCAUUCAGGCAACACUUUAUUCCGUUUCCCUGAUGGUUUCCACAUUUGAUGUGGUCUUUCACAGAACAUCAGAACCCCUCCUGAAAAUCUAGUGCAGGCAUCCCUAAACUCGGCCCUCCAGACUACGAUUCCCAUCAUCCCUGACCACUGGUCAUGUUAACUAGGGAUGAUGGGAGUUGUAGUCCCAAAACAUAUGGAGGGCUGAGUUUGGGGAUGCCUGAUCUAGUGGAAUCCAGUGGAAGUUUACUGCUCACUUCUGUGUUAAUUGGUUUUUUUAAAAAAUCAAUGUGCAAUGCCAUUAUCUCAGAAAAAGGUGGGAGCUUUGCACUGUAAUUUAAUGGGAUGAAAUUUGGGGCAGUAUUCUGGCAUGUGGUUCUGAUGAGCAGGAAGGGGGCAGUUAACCUCAAACUCAGAGUGUUUGGCCCAUCCUAGUGCUGUGUCUUAUUUUAUUUUUGGCACUACAUUCAAAUUCAUUGAAGCCUUGGAGGGUUAAAAUAUUUUGGCUGUGGGUCCAGAUCAGGCCCAUAGGUGGAAUAACAAAUUUAAUAAAUAAUAAUAAAAAUAAUAAUGACAGAGAUGGAAACUUCUCUAGGUUCUAGCCCUCGAAGUCCACUACUAUAUUAUUACCAGUAGGUGGCCAUUCAGAAUCUGACUGGAAACCUCUAACCAUGGAGAGUCCACCAGCUUCAAAAGUAGUCUUUUUACUAUCAGGAGAUUUCCCCUCCAAAUGCUUACCCUAAAUCCCCUUUCUUGUUAUUUGAACCGAUUGGUUUGUGCCCUACCCUAUGGAGGUACUUACAACAAAUCUGCUUCCUCAUUUAUGUGGCAAACCUUUAGAUAUUUGAAGAACAUAUUGCCUCUUAAUAAUCACUUGUCCAGGAAUAAUAUCCCACCCCUUCAAUUUUUCCUCAUAGGACUCAAACUCUGAGCCCCUAACCAGCUUUGUCACUGUCCCCUGGUCAUACUUUAUUUAUCCCCUGUUCCACUUUAUUGGGAUCCUUGGACUGUGUUGCCCAAAACUUGACACAGUACUCCAAGUGAGGUCUGACCAAGCUGUUAGAAAAAUAACAGAGGGGAGAUUUUUCUUCAUUUGUAAGAUAAAAUGUGUCUAUAUGGACAGGAGGGGAAACCUGUGGCUCCCCAGUUGGUUUCAGAUUACAACUAAGCUCAUGCUGUUGGGAUGUGAAGUCUAACUACAACAAAUCCAGAAUGCGGCAGCUAGACUGGUGACUGGGAGCGGCCGCUGAGACCAUAAAACACCAGUCCUGAAAGACCUACAUUGGCUCCCAGUACGUUUCCGAGCACAAUUCAAAGUGUUGGUGCUGACCUUUAAAGCCCUAAACAGCCUCGGCCCAGUAUACCUGAAGGAGCGUCUCCACCCUAUCGUUCUGCCUGGACACCGAGGUACAGUGCUGAGGGCCUUCUGGCGGUUCCCUCACUGCAAGAAGUGAAGCUACAGGGAACCAGGCAGAGGGCCUUCUCCGUAGCAGCGCCCACCCUGUGGAACGCUCACCCAUCAGAUGUCAAGGAAAUAAACAACUAUCUGACUUUUAGAAGACACCUGAAGGGAACCCUGUUUAGGGAAGUUUUUAAUGUUUGAUGUUUUGUCACUUUAUUAUUAAUAAUAUUUUGUUGAGAGCCACCCAGAGUGGCCGGGAAAACCCAGCCAGAUGGAUGAGAUAGAUAGAUAGAUGAUAGAUAGAUAGAUAGAUAGAUAUAAAUGUAUUAUUAUUAUUAUUAUUUAUCUGGAGGACCACACUGAUGGAGACACUGCUAUUGUCUACUAGGAAUGAAAGGUCUCAGGUCAUGGUCCUCUUGGCUCUGCCCUCUGAAUUCUGUUAAUAAGCAAUGCCUGAGAUGGAAGCUGGUACAUUCUGCAUGCAGAACAUGUGUUCAACCAUACUUGAAACAGCUUUAUGAAUCACUAGCCAGCUUCAGCUCUUUGGGAGAUAGCACUGUUUGGUGAAUGAGAAAGCCGAGGAAAUAUAUUAACCUUAAGAUCACAGGCAGAGCACCUAGGGAGACUGCAAGAUUCUCCAUAAGAUUUUGUUCCCCAUUUGCUCUUUGGGAAGAAAUAACAAGCUUUCUUUCAAAAAUUUUGCAGUUCCGGCACUAGUUAUGCAGCUUUUCUUAAUUAUCACAUACCCCGCCUUGUCCUUUAUCUGUUUAGAGAAUUUACAACUAACACAGCAGGUUGUGAAUGUUUAAUAGAUUCUUUUCCAAGGGAAGAAAAGGUCAGCAUUACCAUAAAAUUCUUCUUUAAGAUUUGUGACAGAAAUGUUCCACAGCACGGAACAGGUGUUGCCGGAGAAACUAAAAUCUGCCAUGGGAGCUGAGCUCUUAACGAAUAUUUUGUGCAUUAUUGGGAAAUGAGAAUUUUAAUGCUCUACGCACAUACAUGGUGAUGUAUUGAGUCAGCAUAAAUUGAAAGGGACUUGGUUUUGUCAAUGCAUAUUUUGUUUGAAGCACCUUGUGUGACUCACUGUCUUCUGAAGAAGUGGACCCAUUUUAUUAAACACCUCUCUCUCUCUCUCUCUCUCUCUCUCUCUCUCUCUCUUCUCCGACCACCCAACCCUAGCUUCACUCUGACCAAGACAAAGGCGAUGGGUCCCUCAAGUACAUUUUGUCAGGAGACGGAGCUGGCACUCUUUUUGUUAUUGAUGAGCGAACAGGUGACAUUCAUGCCACACGAAGAAUUGACAGGGAAGAGAAAGCUUACUACACCCUACGUGCCCAGGCUAUUAACAGGAGAACACUCAGGCCGGUGGAGCCUGAAUCAGAGUUUGUCAUCAAAAUCCAUGACAUCAAUGACAAUGAACCAACGUUUCCUGAAGAAGUUUACACCGCAAGUGUUCCUGAAAUGUCAGUUGUUGGUGAGUGUUACAUUCAAAUGGAAAUAAAUUAUCUGCAAAGGUGAGAUGCCACAUAUGUCCUAUUCUUGUAAAUUCAGGCAGUCAGGGUGGGAAUUGCGUUUUUCGGGGGAGAUGCCAUAGAUUAUAUCUUUUCUUUUCUUUUUAAGGAAAAACAGUGGAAUGGAAUGGAAUGAGGAACUGCAUUUUCUAGAUCAGUGGUUCUUAACCUUUUUUUGGGCCAUGCCCCACCUAAGUGUCUCUAAAAUCCUGAUGCCCCCGCCCCCAAUGACAUAUGAUUCUUAUUAUUCAAAAAAUGGACUCCUAUUCACAUGGAGGAAGCCUAAAAGGCCAUUCACUGUUAAUAACUCAUUCUCAAAUUGCCCCCCUUAAAAAUCAAAUCACCCUCCCUUAAAAAUCAAAUUGCCCCCCGUGGGGUAUGUGCCCCACAUUGGGAAUCACAGAUCUAGAUCCAUAGUUUUCAAUAUUUUUGGAUCUGGGAUCCACUUUAAACCCAAACAUGUAUUUGGGGACACACUUCAUAGCCUUAUGGUAGUAGUGCUGCUGUUGUGAUGCAUUUUAUAUCCAUUAUGGAUCCCUGCCUAUUACUUGUAUCCCAGUGAUCUAUAUUCUCCAUAAAAAGUGAAGGAACAGAGGAUAAUUUGAGGCUAAACAGCUAGUUGGGAGAAUGACUGUGAUUAAAACUUAGUGAGAAUCCAUCACUCCACAGUGGUUACUAAUGAAUAAAUGCACAUACCAGAGUACUAGGAUAUAACUUUUAUUGUCACAGUAUUACAGAACUGGAAGGUAAUCUAGCAUAAACUCCUGGAUCAGGAUUCAGAUACAUUUCACUGAUAUGUCCAUAGCAUGCAUAGAGAAGAAAGUGCACCAACCCAUUGGAUGCCAUAAAACAAAGAUUCUAAAACAUUAUUUGACCAGAAGGAAUAUUCGUCCCCCAUUUGCAAAUGUCGCAACCAAUUACAUCUUGAGCAUAAAAGCAUGAGCUGUUCACUCAGAGUUCCCCAACAGAAAAUGUUCUUAGCUAUCUGGUGUAAAAUCCAAGCUGUGCACUUUUAGCCAUCCCAGAAAGCAGGACUGGGAUGCUCCUUAAUUCAAUAGACCUCCAUCACCAAGACACAAAUGGCAAAUUAAUGCACGCUGACCCAGCAAAGCAAGUCUAUGUGUGGAAGCAAGCUUUGAUGUGCAGAUUUCUAUUCUGGACUAGGAACUGUGCACAGAGAAUAGCUGCAGGUGCACAUCUGUGUCACAGAGCAAAUCUGGUGGCAAGUCAUUCAAUCUGAUUCCCAUAUACAUUGAGUGUGCUCCAUGGAAGGAGACUCACUUUCAUGUUGCAAUGUGGAUGGAAACUAGAUUUCUUAGGCUACAGUCCCAAGCUUGCUUAGUAGAGAGUAAACCCUACUGAACUUACUGGGACUUACUUCUGAAUGAGCUUUCAUGGAUUUGCACUGUUACACCAUUAGUUGUUGCAUAUAUAAGUAAACUUCGCUCAUUUUUUGUAUUUGUUUUACUUGGUUUUGAACUAAUGGCAUUUUUCAGAAGCAUACAGGAGCAUGAAUCUGUGCCUGUAGAAUGGAAACUGCAUUUAUAAGUAAAUCAGUGGAUCUGUUUGACAUAGAAUCAUAAUAUCAUUGAAUUGUAGAGUUGGAAGAGGCCACAAGAAUCAUCUAGUCCAACCUUCUGCAAGGGCAGGAAUCCUUUGCCCAUUGUGGGACUCAAACCCAUGACCCUAAGAUUCAGGGGUCUCAUGCUUUACUAGUUGAGCUAUCUGUACAUGGCUGAGUGCUUCCCAUGAAUAGCUUGUAACAUGUAGCAUCAGGCAGCCACAAUGCUGUUUGGUUUCACCCCUCAAAAAUUCUGAACUGGCCAAUUAAAAACAAAUAAUUCAUGAUGUGCCACAGACUUGGCAUCCCAAUAUUUCAGGAGUCUGCCAGAUAAAUAGCAGUGUGAGGAAGGGUCAUAAUUAGGUAUGGACAAUCUCUCAAAGGACCUGUUGAUGGCAUUUUACCAUUGCACUGUGGAGAGUGUAUUAACUUAUGGUCUGUGUGUGUGGUUUGGAAGCUGCACGGCCAGGGAAAAAACAAUGCUGUCCAGUGUUGUAAAGACUGCAGAGAGAAUAAUUGGGUGCACUCUUCCCACCUUAGAUCAAAUCUAUGCUGUCAGGUGCCAUAAGAAAGCGGCAGAGAUAGCGCAGGAUAGUACGCACCCCAGAAAUGAUCUCUUUCAGCUUCUGCCUUCUGGAAGAAGGUAUAGGGUUAUAAAGGCCAGGACUAGCCGCCUGAGAAACAGUUUCUACACAAAUGCAGUUCUGGUUCUAAACGCAGCAUAAGGGGUCUCUAUAGUAUAGUGUAUUUUAAAAUGGGGUUUCUGAGUUUUUAGGGGUUUUUGAAUGUUUUAUGUAGUUUUUCAAUUUCAUUGUUCUGCAUGGGACAAUGACAAUAAAGAUAUUGUAUAUCCCAAUUUUGGUUUCUCGCAGCUUCUCACUUUUCCAAUCUUCAAUUCAGUUCUCCACAUUUCUGCAGCAAUUUGUGAUUGAUUGUUUUAAAAUCCUCAUGAUAAAUUGUCAGCAUUUUGGUACAUAUUUCUUUAUGCAGUUUUUACUAAAAUACAAACUUUUGCAAACAAUUUCCCCUAAUAUAAUGCAUUUCUAUGCACACUUACCCCAAGUAUAUGCAUUUUGGUACUCAUUGUUUAGUUGUAGAACUACAUCCCAAAAUUCAGAGAAGUGCGAUUUCUAAAAGACAGCUGUGUUUUGGUUUACGUGUUGAUCUGACAAGUCCAAAUUAGGUAGUUUCUCAUUAAAAUUCAAACAAAUCUGAUUUUCUCCUCCAUUCUCCCUAGUUCACAAGUCUCAUUUUAUUUCUAUGCACUAAAAUGGGAAGCAGGUUGUGUUUCCUUGUGUUUCCGGAGAGUCCCGUAUAGCACGGCACAGUUGUUUUGGAACACGUUACAUUUGGAACACAUCACAUUACGGUUGCAUUCUUAACAAGAUCCUGCCACACCAGCUGUUUAACUCUCUCUCUCGUCUCAUCACUCAACAAGUAGUACUUAUGUCCUAAAUAUUAAUCCACUGUCUAUGAAACAAUCGGUGAUUAUCCCAGGAGUCUCAGGGCUGGAUUAAAAGAUCUAGAGGCUCUAGUCUAAGCCGUGGUUUGAGGAGCCCCCUCCACAAUGCCAUUUGUCUCUCACACGGCAGCCACUUGUAGAGAAAUAUAUAUGGAUAUAAUUUUUCUUCCUUGGCUGCAACACGACACCCCCGUUCUUUUAUUAUCUCUGGGUGAGUUAUCUUCACCACGGCUUUUCUGUUAACUUGCUAAGGCCAAUGAAAGACUUUGCGGCUUUGAAAACUCUUUAGGAUUUUUAUCCUUCACUGUUCUUUCGCUGUGUCCAUUCUAUUCAUCCUUCCUAACCUACUUAUUCUCUGUCUUUAAUUUCUCUGCCCACCUUUUUCCUACCUUUGGACCUUUGGGCUUUAGCAGCUCAUCCUAUGAAUUACCCCACCUACGUUUCUCAGCAUUGCUGAUUGCUGUCAUCCUUCCUCGUUGGUCCCUCGGCCCUAUAAUCUCUUCUACCCUCCUACCUCAGGGAUAUCAAUGCAAACUUCACACAGCUGUGACCUCCCUCUGGGUUCACAGGCAGUUUGCAGCAGUUAUCCUGGCAUCAUUUCCAGCUAGCGUUCCUUUUGUCUUUCUCUUCAGAAGUCCAACCAACUAUUUAUAGCAGCUACCGCAUACUUUUGGUUCUCGGGCUUUUUCCGUUCACUCCAUCAUUAGUAUAUGUCCUCUCUUCCUGUUUCCAAAGCCACAAUAAUUCUUCUCAACUGGGCACCCAUCAUACUUCCUUCAUUUGCCCGAGUGGUCUUUGAAUAUUAUAACUCCGCCACAUAAUCAAGAAACAAUCCACAGCAAAAAUCCACAGCAAAACAUAUUAUCAAUCCCCUUAUGCAUUGAACAUGAUUUCAGAUCAGGGUAUUAAUGGCAUUAUGCCAGUGGUUUUCAAUCAGUGUGCUGUGGCACCCUAGGGUACCUUGAAUGAUGGUCAGGGAUGCCUCUGUCCCUCUUACCUUCCCUCCCUCCUCUGAUGCCCUCUCGCAUCUCUGCCUCCCAAAGGCUUGCACAGCUGUUUUUUGCAGCAGCCCUGGCUACAAGCUCCCCAGGGGAAUGGGGACAUCCUCUUCCCAGGCUCCUGUGGGGCAGUGUGAGGAGGCACCUCUCUUUGGGGUGGGGGGCAGUUCAGAGACCAGGGGUGGCAGCCUUGGCUGCCCAGAGGACUCCCAAGAGAGAUGGGGGAGGAGAGGAGGCCAAGGGAACACUCCACAAGGGAGGGUGUUCAAAAAAGGGUGAGGGGCUGCCGGCUCUGCAGGUAAAGGGUGACAUAACUGGGCUCCUGAGCCCCUCAGGGGUGCCACAGAAAGAAGGUAAUUAGUCAAGGGAGCCGUGGGCUCAGAAAGGUUGAAAACCUCUGACUUAUGCAAUAUAUAUGGGGCUUACUGUAUAUUUCUUCUCCAAAAAGAAUUCAGCCCAGUUACAGGGGAAGGAAACUGGCAACUGUGAAACCACAUUUCAUAGACAGCUCAGUAUGCUUUGGUGCAUGUGGGGGUGGGGUGAACCCCACUCAAAAUGCCCCACUCCAUGGCAAUAAAAGUCAAGUAGUAUGCUAAAUAAAUGAUAACAUUCACCUCUUUGACGUUAGGCCAAAAUCUGCUGCCUAAAGCGCCCUUCCUCAACCUGCACAAUAGUAGGGGCAGCACUUUCCGCAGUUAGUGUGCCUUCAAAUGAAACAAUUAAAAUGGCAAGGCCAACUACAAAGAGAGAUUCAGGCAUUAAUAACUUGUUGUUCUUUGCCCACUCAGAUGUAGGACCUGUACCCAUAAUGUCCACUUUUUCAAGCCCCAAACUAGGAUGUUUGUCUUCUGGGAGCCGUGCUUCACUCUUGCCCCUAGAAAACACUUUUCUGAGGCAAGAGAAUGAGGUUAAGCCACCCAAAAUGGCCACUAUGAUCGCACGCAAAAAACCGGGCUGUCCCAUUUUUCCCAGGGCACUCGGGAGGUACGAUGUACCCAGUCGUGUUUUUCCCUACUGUCCAUUUCUAAAAUGCCCUUUAAAAGGUAAAGGGACCCCUGACCAUUAGGUCCAGUCAUAACCGACUCUGGGGUUGCGGUGCUCAUCUCGCUUUAUUGGCAGAGGGAGCCGGCGUACAGCUUCUGGGUCAUGUGGCCAGCAUGACUAAGCUGCUUCUGUCGAAUCAGAGCAGUGCACGGAAAUGCCAUUUACCUUCCUGCUGGAGCGGUACCUAUUUAUCUACUUGCACUUUGACGUGCUUUCGAACUGCUAGGUUGGCAGGAGCUGGGACCGAGCAAUGGGAACUCACCCCAUUGCGGGGAUUCGAACCACCAACCUUCUGAUCGGCAAGUCCUAGGCUCUGUGGUUUAACCCACAGUGUCACCCACGUCCCUAUUAGCCUCCCUUUAAAAUCCUUGUUUCAUUUGAUGUACCUAUCGCAUUUCAUUGGAAAAACAAUAAUUCCAAUUAUAUUUCAAUAUUGAUCUAUGGACCAGAGAACAAGUAAUGCACAUUGCAAUCUAAGGAGAACAUCCCCCCUCUUGCAUCGGAGCCAACUCCUAGGGGCCAAGGAGGCUUUGCCCCCCCCAAUAAAAUAUUUGAGGGGUCUGUGCCCCCCAAAGUUAAUGAGCAUUGCCAUUCAAGUGGUGUUUGUGCACCAUGUCAUAUGAUUAAUUAUAUAGGGUGGGGCUUACAUGCCCCCUCCCCAAUAUUUUAUUCAAGUUGGCACCCCUGCCCCCUCCCAACAGGAGCAUUAGGUCCAGAAUUUAAAAUUACAGAACUGUAGCACUGCUCUGAAGUGGGGGACAUGCAAGCACAGUGCAUCCCUUCUCCACCCAGCAAACUGCUCUGCCACUUAAGGCAGAGCAAACAGACUUAAAACACACUUACUCUGCAUUUACAGGAGUGGCCUGGGACAUUCAUCUCCUUCCACCACCACCCCCUUUGAAUUUGUGGCUAUCUGCUAUGAUCACCAUGCUUGGAGUCAUUCCUGUCGCAUUAAGAAGACUAUCACAGGGAUCUCAUUUAAAGAAUGACCUGAAAGAAUCUUUUUGAGAGGUCUCCAUUUUGCAGAAUAAGGAGGGAAAUAAGAAUAAGUGGCAGACUCUUGACACUGUAGCGCUGCUGUCUGCAGGCAGAGUGUCAAGUUGUCAAAUGUUCUUCCAUUUUUGAUUUAAAGAAAGUUUAUUGCAUGUAUUAGCUGCACCAGAAAGAGGGCCGUCUAAUGUAUACUAGUUUGCUGCCUGCAAGGUGUUGUUGAUUUUAAAGAGCAUUCAAAAAUAUUUUUGGCGCUCACCCAAUCUGCAGUUUUCAGUGGUGUCAUCCAGGUAUCUGUUUCUGUGUCGUUAUACCUGCUCAUCCUAUGUAAUUUGGUUCUGGAAGCUCGAAAGACUUAAGCUUGGGCAAAAUACACACAAACACAAACACACAGAGAGAAAAAUGAGGUGGAAAUGAGGUGACAAUUACAAUGUGGCUUGCACUAAUUCAGCCUGCUAGUCGGGGAUUCAAGUUCUGAAUGCACCUCCUGCAUCUAGAAAUCUAUGGAAGCAAGAGAAACAUGCUGUUCCAACCCUUUCCCACCUGCGCUGGUGUUUCAGAGAGUUUUUAACACAGGGAAGAAUGUUUUAAAAUGUCAUUUCCCACCAACCACUGCUGCCUCAUGGGAUGCAAUCCAUUCUCCCCUGUGUUACUUCAGAUGUUGAGAUAAAUCGCAGAGACUGAAUCCUGGGAUCUUGUCUUUGCAAAAUAGGUGCUGUGUUAGGAAGCUCUGACCCCCCGCCUCCUUCCAUAGCUUAGUAGUACACUUCAGCUUUCUAAAGAAGAAGUGUUACAUUGUGCUGUAGAAUUUGCUUUCAGCAAAUAUGAGGAAGAGUGUUAAGAGAUACCUGCCUGGUGAGCCAGAAUCAUGUUUUAGCUUAUUCCUGAACUGAGAAAAACGAAACGAAACAAAAAGGAAGAAGUGAGAAAUGGUGUCUUGCAAUUUGUUUGGCUUUCCAAAAUGCUUCUGAUACCCUCCGAUGCAUUGCUAAAGGACUCGUUGAUUCUUCAAAAGAUUUGAUCUACAAAGCACGGGGCAUUGGGUGCACCACUGAAAGGGAUUAGAAACUGGCUGGCAAGGCAAGGAAUAAAAACGAUUUUUCUAAAAAGGUAACAGUAUAAUAAGCAGAAAAGUAACAAGCCGGGUGGUGCUGCAAGGGUGAGUCAGGGCUCGCUUUAAUUGUACCUCAGAAUCCUUUGAAGGCUGUGCGGUUUCUAAACCGGCUAAAUGUUGAGAUGAAACAGAAGGGAAAGGCCCUUAAUGUAUUCAAAUGGAUUGGAACGGAUUAAGUCUUCUAGCUGAUUAGAAGCUCAUACAUUUCAGUGCGGCAAAGCGGAAGGCAAGGAAGCUACAGCAAAGAACCCACCAUGCCUUUAAAGCUGGCCAAAUUAUUCAUUACAAACUUAUCGAAUUCAAUAGACUGAAUCCCAUCUCCUGCUUUAAUUAUCCAUCAUUUUAUCGGCAAUGAAUGAAACUGUGCUUUGCCUGAGCCUCUAGCAAGAGUGCAAGUGUUCUGGAGGCAAGUGGUAGUGUUUCAGGACUUCUUUGCAAAAGACCCCAACUUUAAAGUUUAGGAAUAAAUACCUUCUACCUUGAAUAUCCAUUGCAGAUUGACUGAUGAAUAAGCAGAACUUGGCAAUGCAGUUAGGUAAUUUUAGUCUUCAGAUUUACCUGCUUUACAGAGGUUUCUUCCCCAGAGUGUAGUGUUCUGCUUUAUUUUGGGAGUUCUUCUGCAUAUUUUAGGGUUGCCAUGUGUCUGGACAUAUCCGGAAUAGUGCAGUUGGCAGCAGUGUGGAGGUGGAAAUCAGUCCAAUAUCUGGGAACACCUGAACACAUGGCAGCCCAUGUUGGAAGUUCCGUUCCCCCCCAUUUCCUGGCCUUUGCUUUUGCGAUUUUGCCCAAAAAGUUCAGCAAUUUUAGGCAAAACUUAAAGAAGCUCAACAACUUUUCUGUCCAGAUUUUCACUGCUUGAAACAUGGUAGCCCUAGCGUAUUGUGAUGAGUGAAACCCUGGACAUUUGCCCCAAAGUCCUGCCCCAACAAUAUUGUUAGCUAACUAAUUGCCUGCCCUUUACCCGAAGGUCCCAAGGCGGGUUACAACAUUAAAACACAAUAUUUCAAAGAUGCCAGGAGAUUAAACUGUGACCUUCUGCAUGCAGAACACAUGCUCUGCAACUGAGUCACAGCCUUUCCUCAGACACAAAAGAGCCAUCAAAAGUAGUAGUCCUCCAUCUUUUCCUCCCCCUGCUCCCCUGGCCAUGUGUCAGAUAUGAUGUGGUACCAUCACUGAAUUUACCCACAAAGAUCAACCAGUGAAGAGGAGUGGAAGCAGGAAAAACACAAAGGAGAUUCUGACUAAGCAACAGGAGAAACUUUCUGAUAGUAACAGCUGUUCGACAGUGGAACGGUCUUCCUCUGGAGGUUGUGGAUUCUCUUUCCUUGGAGGUUUUUAAACACAUAUUGGAGGGCCAUCUGUCAUGGAUGCUUUAGCUGAGAUUCCUGCAUUGCAGGGGGUUGCACUAAAUUACGCUAGGGGUCCCUUCCAGCUCUAUGAUUCUAUGAUGUCAUAUCCCACAAAGAGAGGAAGUGAGAAGGAGGAGACACAGGCCUAUAGUUUUUGGUAACUACCUUGCAUCCCCAGGAACAAAUAUUUUUGCCUUCUGAAUCAAAUUCUAAAUCUAUACAGUGGUGCCUCGGUUUUCGAACGUAAUCCAUUCCGGAAGACUGUUUGACUUCUGAAACAUUCGAAAACCAAAGCAAUUACUUCCAGAAACAUUUACUUCCAGAAAACUCAAUAGGGAAGCCAUGUGGCAUGUACAUUUGACUUCCGAAAAGCGUUCAAAAACCGAAGCAGCUACUUCCAGGUUUUCGGCGUUCGAAAACUGAAAUGUUCGACUUCCGAGACGUUCAAAAACCGAGGUAGCACUGUACUUAAAAUAAUAGCAUCUAUAUGGAUCUCAUUACUGCUUUCUACUAUUUAUAAGGGAACUGCAUAUUACCUGAUCUUCAAUAUAUUUCAUAUAUGGGCACAAAUUGCAAUAAAAAGAGCAAAGGUCACCAAUCCAUGUCUGCACCUUUCUCAGCAAGUAUACACAAGGUUACACAUGAGGAAGGGAUGCCACAUUCUCUUCAAUGAGAAUAAAGUCUUGGAGACUGACAGAGGGCUGAUUCAUACCCACAAAACGUAUGUGUGACUGAAACAACCAUCUACCUUACAGGCACACUCAGCUGAGAGCCCAAAUGUGCUGCAGCUCCCUAUUGAAUGCAAAAUCUUUUGGCAAACCCAGAUUUGCUGUCACAUAAUGCGUGAAAAGACUACAUUCAGCAUUCAAAUCCCACAGGGGGAAAUAAAGAAACACAUGCAAGCAUUAGCAUGGUAACUUCACAUUUGUGGCCACUAAUUCAAUCUCCUCGUUAAAAUGUCUACUCUACCACAUAAGGCAAAAUCACAGUCAUUGUAAGAGGGAAGAAAUACGAUGCACUGUUCAGCGGCGGAUUUGGGAACGUUUAGAUACUGCCCCAUUUUUCUUUCGUAUUAACCUCCAAGGAAGAUGCUGAAGAGGUUUUCUUUUAAAGAAACACGAACAGUAAUUUCACAAGGCACAGUAUAAACGAUGAAGAAAAAGAGGAUAGCCUUGAGCUGGAAUUUAGAAGGCUAAUUCUUGCUGAAUAGCAAGAACAACAACUGGAGGGGCACAACAUCUUUCCAUCAGAAUCAUCACGGCUUGGGUCUUGCUAAGGUAGCAAACUUGCAUAAGACCCUUCAGCAGAAAUCACUGUAGGUCAGUGCUGGAGAAUGUGCUUUGCAUCUAAAAGGUCCCCAAGAUCAUUUCUGGGUAUCUAUAGGUAGAUCUAAAAAAGAGAGACCCCUCUGGAGCAGUGUAAGUCAGCUUUCCCCAACCUGGUAGGUUCUAGAUCUUUUGUGCUACAACUGCAGCUCCAGUCAGCAAUGGAAGUCCCAAACAUCUGGAGAGCAUGCAAGGGUAAGGGAGAUCCUUUACCACUUUACCACUUCCAACAUCAGGUGGGGCUGCAGAUGACUGAAUGUACAAAAUAUUUUUUUAAAAAUCCUCCACCUAGGAAACUAGCUUGGGAGGGGACAGAAUUCUGUCCUGGCAUUCUCUGUAACAUGCUAGUUUUGUAGGCAGAGGGAUGCCUAAAGUACAUACCAAAAGUGCUAUCUUUCUAGAAAAAGAGGUGCCAUAAUAAUAAUAGUAAUAGUAGUAGUAGUAAUAAUAAUUUAUUAAUUAUACCCUGCCCAUCUGGCUGGGUUUCCUCAGCCACUCUGGGCAGCUCCCAACAGAAUAUGAAAACACGAUAAAACAUCAGACAUUAAAAACUUCUCUAAACAGGGCAGCCUUCAUAUGUCUUCUAAAAGUCAGAUAGUUGUGUAUUUCCUUGAGAUCUGAUGGGAGGGCAUUCCACAGGGUGGGCACCACUGUUGAGAAGGCCUUCUGCCUGGUUCCCUGUAACCUCACUUCUCGCAGUGAGGGAACCUCCAGAAGGCCCUCGGAGCUGGACCUCAGUGUCCAGGCUGAACGAUAGGGGUGGAGACGCUCCUUCAGGACUGAGUUCCUCCUAUAUACAGUGGUGCCUCGCAAGACAAAAUUAAUUCGUUCCACGAGUUUUUUUCGUCUAGCGAAUUUUUUGUCUUGCGAAGCACGAAAUCCCAUAGGAAUGAAUUGAACUUCAAUUAAUGCGUUCCUAUGGUCAAAAAAAGUCCAAACAAAGCCAAAUUUGGUACAACAAGAGUUUAUUAAGUGCUCUUUAAAGUCACACAUACUGUAAAGAGCAUUUCAAAAAUCGAAGGAACAAUAAAUUAAGUUUCUAAACAUGACAGAAAAACAUAUAAAAAUCAACGAAGUGUGCAGUACAUUUUCUAAGACUCUGGGGGACAACUCGAAGAAGGUUCCUCUUCCACUCUUUGCUUCUUGCUGAAGAACCCCCUCCUCAACUGUUCCCCCAGCCACCCACCACACAGAAAUUCAAAUCCAGAUUUUUUUAAAAAAAACAGCAGAGUGGCCCAAUGGUCACAGAAAAUCAUAAAAAUGCAGGAAAAAAACACACAAGCUUCCAGAUUCUUGCAAACCCCUCCACAACACCAAGUCUUUGAAUUCCAAACACCCCAACCCAAAAUCCAAAAACCUCCAAAAAAGUUUUAAAAGUUUAACUACCACACUGCGAUCUAUGAAUUGCUCCUUGAAGUCAAGUCACAACUGUAUUAACGGUGUUAAGAAAAAGGAAACAAACUUGCAAGACAUUUUCGUUUUUCGUCUUGUGAAGCAAGCCCAUAGGGAAAUUCGUCUUGCGAAGCAGCUCAAAAAACGGAAAACCCUUUCGUCUAGCGAGUUUUCCGUCUUGCGUGGCAUUCGUCUUGCGGGGCACCACUGUGUUAUAAUCAGGGAAAACUGCCUAGAACUGAAAACAGGGAACCUUCUUUUCUGUAUGCAGGUGAUGGUAUCAUAUGUGGAUUUGGGGGAGCAUGGCAGGUUCUGUCACACUGGGUGCCAAAGCUCAGGGGCACUGCAAGAGUUGCCACAGUUAUUAUUUAGAAUGGAUCAUGAGAAGCCGGGGUGUGUGUGUAUAGAUUUGGUUUUGCACAGCACACCACUGAAAUUUGAGACCCCAUGGUCUGCCACCAGUGGUGUCUGAACCCAUUUUUAUUUUGCUCACACCACGAUAUAUUUUUGUCAAUGUGAAAUGAAAUACAGCCUUGAAACUCUAUUCAGUAUUUACAAGGGAAAUUAGUGUCACUCAACUAAUUCAUGCAAGGAGGGGGCGUUUCAGGAGUUAAUUUAUGCAGGGAGAGGCAUCUGGGUAACCUUGAGUCCUGCAGCUCAAAACUGUGUUGAUUUAGACCUUUGCUAGCCUCCAUGCUUUGAAGAUUUCUGGAGCGUCCAUGACCCACCGGGCAUCAUGCAGAGGCACUGAUGAUAUAAAUUGGUACCCAGAUGUCCUUGACUCUCCACCCAAGAUUCUUUGUUUUAAAAUGUGGGCUUCUAUGACAAGAGAUUCCAGAGGCAGAAUGGAAAAUUGGAGUUGUUAAUAGGGCUACAUUGAAUGCAGUGUAUAAUGCUUUCAGCAUCCGAGAUGACGGAACUAUGUUUUAUUUGAAUAGGUACUUCUGUUGUGCAAGUUACAGCCACUGACGCGGAUGACCCUUCCUAUGGCAACAGUGCCAGAAUCAUCUAUAGCAUACUUCAAGGCCAACCAUAUUUCUCUGUGGAGCCAGAAACAGGUCAGGGAUGCUGUUGCUAUUUUUCUAUAUUUCAAGAAGGACUCAAAUGCCUUUUUGCCAGUCACUCAGUGAAGCAGAGUACCUAUAGCUGCAUGCCAUAUUCUGGUAACUUCAGAAACUCUGAAGUGUGAGAAGUGUUAACAUGCAAAUUUGAUGACUGUAAUCUGAAUAAAUCCUGGAUAUAUUAAUUUUCUACUUUGAAAACAGAAAGGGGGUGGGAAAAAUAUAGGGGAUGCAAUGUAAGAGCUAAUUUAUAUACAGUAUACAGCAAGAGGUGGUAGAUUUCUGGACUGUACCACUUCAGAUUUAUAAGAAAGGAAGGAGUGGGUUGUUUUUUUAAUGCUCUCCUGUGUAAAAUGUCAUCCGCAUUUACUAAACUAGUAAAUUGGAUCGGUGGUUGGGUUCGAAAACCGAGGUACCACUGUUCUAGCUUAUAUGUCCCCCCUCCCUGAAAGGUUUGGAGGGUGACAACAUGAGAACAGGCAUUUUCUGUGGUGGCUCCCCAUCAAUGAAAUGCUCUCUCUAAAGAGACUGCUUGGUGCCAUCAUUUCAUGUCUUUACAAGCCAGCCAAAAACAUUCCUCUCUACCCAGGCCAUCGGCCAUUAAAUAAGCUAUGGCCUGUUAAACACGGGGUGGGGGCUGUUAUUAUGAUUGUUUUAUGAUUAUGUUUUUAUGAUUAUGCUGCAUGAAUUAUUUUCUUAAUGUUAAACACUUCCCUGGGAUCUUUGGUUAAAGGGCAGUAUAAUAAUAAUAAUAAUAAUAAUAAUAAUAAUAAUAAUAAUAAUGCAAAGAUUUUUUUACCCACUAAUAUAUAGAUUUUUCUCUACGUCUUGCUUUUGAUCUCUCACCGUGUUGGCCAAUCUUUUGCUGAACUAUUCCUGAUAUUUUAAAAUAUACCCUCUCAAUGUUAUAAUGGGUACAUUAUUUGUGUGUUUGUGUGUGUGUGUGACUUGCUGUGCAAAGUGAAUGCCAGCAAUGUUAACAAAUGCUUACUUGUUUUCUUCCAAGGCAUCAUCAGGACAGCUCUGCCAAACAUGAACAGGGAAAACCGAGAGCAGUACCAAGUUGUCAUUCAGGCAAAAGACAUGGGAGGCCAGAUGGGUGGAUUAUCGGGGACCACGACAGUCAACAUCACCCUGACUGAUGUCAACGACAAUCCGCCUCGAUUCCCCCAGAGUAAGCUUCCUUUAAUAGCCCUUCUGUACUACAAAAGCAUCAGAAUAAAAGAGUGAGGCGACUGCCAUCUGGUUUAAUUUAAAGCAAAUCUAGAUUAUGGGGCACACACUCGAAGACAAGGCUUAUACACGGAUUUAUUCGCUGUUAUUAAAAACAAAAAUUAAAUGAAACGGGGACAUCCUUGUUUGGGGAGGGGCAGCAGCAGUCACAGUUGCAGAAACCCCAGAAUAGUUCUUGGUAUUUGGGGUGAAGGUGGGAAUUGAGAAGGGGAGGGGGAAAUAAGCAGAGCUUUAAGAACAAAUCAUCCUUUGCUGCGACCUGGAGAUUAAUAAUUUUAUCAAUGGAAUUAACAAAACAAAAAAAGAGAGGAAGGGGUGAGUACAAUGAACUCCCUGAUUAAAUGCUGAAGCAGGACCCAUCUAACCUGAGGGCAGAAGCUGCUUUUUAAAAAGCUAAGGAACUUUGUAAAUACAAGGCUAUCCACUUCACAGUUAUGUGCAUUUUAAGCCUAUUGAAAUCAUGGAGGCAUGAGUACCGGUGGAAAAGCCCCUUUGCAAUGGCAAUGCAAUUUGUUGAAGUUUUUCCAUGCUUUCUGGUCUCAGGAAGAGUUUGUGAAUCUUACUUCAGAGCUUUCCCCAAGGAAGUUUGGAAAAACCAAGCCCUUGCAGCUGAACCCAAGCCCUUCCCACCAAUGGGUCGGUAUGGGGGGCUUCAGAAACUGCAUAUGUAAGGUCUGGUUGCUGCUGGUUUCAGUUAAUUGCUAUGGGAGAACUUAAGAAACUCACAUCUGUCAAUCUGUUAAGUAGAGAGGCAUUGGAAACUCCAUUUCCUGGGCUCCCCAGAAGCAACGGGUUCUUUCUGAGAAGACUCAGAAUUAUCCAGACCCAACAAUACCUUAAAAGAUGAGGUCUUGAAAGCUGCUGAAGCCCACCAAACUAGCUCUCCCUAUCAUUCCUACAACCCUGUCCUUUGCCAUGGAAAGUGGAGAAUUGCAAUUGAAUGGCAUCAAGAUGGGUCAUUAGAAGCCAAACCCAAAUUUGGGGGCUUGGUUAAUAAUGACUUGUUGUUUUUCUAAGCAGGGAGAGUUCACUUCUGACUCCUGAAUUUGAGCAUCAUUACUAGGCCAAAAGGGACGCGGGUGGCACUGUGGUCUAAACCACUGAGCCUAGGGCUUGCCGAUCGGAAGGUUGGCAGUUCAAAUCCCUGCAACGGGGUGAGCUCCCAUUGCUCGGUCCCAGCUCCUGCCAUCCUAGCAGUUCGAAAGCACGUCAAAGUUCAAGUAGAUAAAUAGGUAACGCUCUGGCGGGAAGGUAAAUGGCAUUUCUGUGCGUUGCUCUGGUUCGCCAGAAGCGGCUUAGUCAUGCUGGCCACAUGACCCGGAAAAACUGUCUAUGGACAAACAUCGGCUCCCUUGGACAGUAAAGUGAGAUGAGCGCUGCAACCCCAGAGUUGUUCGUGACUGGACUUAACUGUCAGGGGUCCUUUACCUUUAGCUUUUUACUAGGCCAAAGCGGUUCUAACACCAAGCUGGAUUACAGUUGAAAAGCUUUUUUAAAGAGGAAGAAGAAGAAGAAAGAAUGAAAAAAAGGAGGAGGAGGAGGAGGAGGAAAGAAAGAAGAUAACGUACAGAGCACCACAAUUCCUACGCUCAGCAGAUUAAUUCCUCCGAUUAGACUAAACAACACAAACUUUUAAAUUUAUUUUAAUUUGUAAGCUCUUCACUAGACUCCAUACUAAAGAAAUAGAUAUGACAAAAAUGACUUUUCCAGAAUAGGGUGAUUGGAUGCAAAGGAGGAAAUUGCACCUUUAUUAAUCGUACAAUGACUUUGCAUGAGAAGCCAUUGUGGCAGGCAGGGGCACCAAAUUGGCCCCUGCAUCGUGAUGUCACGGCAGCACGCUAGUUGGGGCAUGGAUGAAGAUGUCGCGCCCAAGCCAGCGAGAUGGGUGUAGAAGGCACAUUCUGCUGUAUGUGCUUCCAACCUAGGAAAUAAUCAGGUUACUGUGCUAAAGUCAAUGAGGCUACACACAUACACACAACACGCAGCAGGAUAAAGGCAUGCAUCUGGCCUACUGAACUGCACAUAACUCCUCUCGCGCUCUCUUAACUUGCUUGCCAUCUUUCUCGCCGUAUGCUUUUUUUGAAAAUUACUGAGCACCACCCAGGCUAUUGGAUCUGGGCCCCGAUGUGCAAGGCACUGCCCUGGAAGCACCAGCACCCUGGCUGAGCACCCACCCAAUUCUGUGCAGCUUUUACUACACAUUGGCUCAAGUUGCGAUGAAAGGCCCGUGGUAAUAUUGAGGUUGAUGCCAUGCUCAAACAUAGGCUUCAAUUGAUAUUUCAAACCUCCCUCCUCUCUCUACACACACACACACACACACACACACACACACACAUUCUCAUUUGAAUUUAGCAUCCACAUGUCACUUUUGGUUAGACUUGCACUCUCUAGAAUGAUUCUUUUGACUUAUUAACUUUGUAGAUGGACACACGCACAGAGAGAGACACAUAGCCUGAGAGAGGAAGAAAUAGGAGCAUAGCCCGCCCCCCCCAGCUGUCCCAUGGAUGCAAAUUCUAUGUGUCAUUGUUUUUAACAACUUUAAGAUCUGCUGCAAGUUAUGUGAGGUGAUAUUCAGUCUUAGCAUGCCAUAACGUAAAACGUAAAAAAAGAGGUGCCCGGAAUAUUUGUAUUGAUGUAUUUAUUGAUUCACAAAAGGCCUGUUCAAUCCUUCUUCGGUGAAAUAUCUGGAAAAGAGAACCCCUUUUAAAAAUAUUGUUGGAGGCCUAACAUAUGCAUACUGGAUUAAAGUAAAUAAAUCUUACUAAAAGCACAUUAGUAAAAGUACUACUCAGUUUUUUAAACCCUGCCUCCUGAGCUACCAAGGUUUUUUUUUUAGAAAACAAUGACAACCAGGCUUAAAAAUGCCUCCUGAAUAACAUUGUCUAUACAGUGGAUGCUCAGGUUGUGAAUGUGAUCCAUGCGGGAUGCACGUUCGCAACUCGCAGCGGCGCAACUGCACAUGCAUGGGUUGCGAUUUAGCGCUUCUGCGCAUGCGCAGCCGCAGGAACCCGGAAGUAACCCGUUUCGGUACUUCCGGGUUUCGGCAGUCCAUAACCCAAAAGAACGCAACCUGAAGCGUCUGUAACCCGAGGUAUGACUGUAUUGAAAAAGCACAAGGAAAACAGAGGGAGUUUGUAUUUUGUAAUAUAUUGAAUCUUUCUCUCUCCCCCGCACCCUUAGAAAGCAUAUUUUAGAGAGACUGAAAACUCUUGGUAUCGAGAAACAGUUUCCUUUGUGUUUUCCAUUUGUUUGGCGCUGUCACAUUCUUCUGCAACCCUUUGAUAACAUACCAAAGGUGGCUGAUUUUGCAGCACCCAUUAUUUUACCAUUAUCAGUUGAAUGAUUUUGCUUGUUUAAAUUGAGUUAUUAUUGCUCCCAAGUGUCAAAAGGAAUACAAUAAUCUGAGAUUACUAUGGUAACAUUGACUUUGACUCUUGGAAUCCUUUUGUACAUUAGCGCAAGUAUGCAGGAACUACACUUCUUUUGCUCUGUUCCAUAGUUCCAUAGUAAUGUUCAGAAGCUUUAGAAGGAAGAUUGCAUCUGAUAGGAAAGGAAGGUCCAGAUCUUCCCAUUCCAGUGUCAAGAUCAAGCCACAGAAUAGCAGGUUCUGCACCACUGCAAUAACAUACAAGGGAAUAGAGUUUACACACUGUCAUGGUGUAUAAUGCUGCAAUGUAUUUCUCUAUGACAAAGACCCUUUCUGUACUGUUAUCUACAAGUAAGUUCCAGUCAGCAAAGUUCCUUUCUAAUGUAUUUAAAAGUUUGCCAUUGAAUGGUCUUACAUAUUUGUAUUGUUUCCUCUUGAUAAAGACUUGGCUCUUUACUUAUCAUUGAACUGCCAACAAACAAGUAACUUAAAGACUUGACAGUGCUUUCCUUGUCCACACUGGAUAGGUUGGAGUGGUAACUGCAUUUUAAAUUAUAUAGGUAGGUAGCCGUGUUGGUCUGCCGUAGUCGAAACAAAAUAAAAAAAUUCCUUCCAGUAGCACCUUAGAGACAACUAAGUUUGUUAUUGGUAUGAGCUUUCGUGUGCAUGCACACUUCUUCUGAAGACCAAUCUGAAGAAGUGGGCAUGCACACGGAAGCUCAUACCAAUAACAAACUUAGUUGGUCUCUAAGGUGCUACUGGAAGGAUUUUUUGUUUGUUUGUUUAAAUUAUACAAAAAUUGCCACGAGUCAGGGCUGAAAACAACAACAACAGGAAUGCAAUACAGAAAAGAGUCGAUAAGAAUUUUGCAAGAACAGUGUCUGUGUCCAUAUGUGAAUGAACACAGGGUGGCGAUUCUGGAUGGGAAGGCCAAUCUGGAAGAUAUCUAAGAGUUGGAGCCACAGACCAGGGUUAUCCCAGCAAUGCUAUCAUACAUGGUCUCUGUGGCAAGGGACAUACUAUUUGCAUGUACUCAACAGGUGACCAUAGGCCCAGACAUCUUCCAGGAGGGUCAACUUGAGGCAUGGAGAUGGUCAACCUGAUGGUGAUGAUGAGUCACUAGAUAAGUACUUCUAAAUGCUGCUGACUGGAUGGGGCAUGUCUACCACCAGGAGGCAAUAGUAAAGAUGCAGGUGGCACUGUGGUCUAAACCACUGGGCUUGCUGAUCAGAAGGUUGGCAUUUCGAAUCCCCACAAUGGGGUGAGCUCCUAUUGCUCUGUCCCAGCUCCUGGCAACCUAGCAGUUCAAAAGUACGCCAGUGCAUGUAGAUAAAUAGGUACUGCUGUGUGUUCUGUUGUGCCAGAAGUGGUUUAGUCAUGCUGGCCACAUGACCCGGAAUAGCUGUCUGUGGACAAACACCGGCUCCCUCGGCCUGAAAGUAAGAUGAGCGUGACAACCCCAUAGUCGCCUUUGACUGGACUUAACCAUCCAGGGGUCCUUUACCUUUUUCAUUCUAGUAAUGUGUGCUUCAUCUCUGAAGGCUGACUUGUCUAUCGGUGGCAAGAUGUGGGAAUGACACAUGCCAUGUUAUUGUUUCUCCAUGCACACACAGAGAGAACCCAUUUGCUACUUCUGCAGAGUUCACAUAAAAUGUGCAUAUAGAAUGCAGGCAAUCAACAAUAAUAUUCAGAUGUUUAGACCAAUUUUAAGCACCGGCAGCAGAAAAGGGGGGAGGGAGGUUAAGUGGGAUAAUGUUUCAGCUUUCUGAUCUUAUUGUAAUCAAGUUUUCCUACAACUUAAUGGAAAGUAAACUGUAAUCUGCAUAGCUGCAAUCAUAACCCUUUAACCAUGAGCAUUUUGAUUUUUAAAAAAAAAUGUUGCAGUGUACAUUGUUUUCAGAGGAAAGUCUGCUUAGUCCCUAUGAAAACAAUGUUUUCUUCUGACUGAUUGACACAGCUUAUUUAGUAUUUCCCUGCAUAUGUUUUGAUACUGGGAUUGUGAUUCAUAUGAAAGUGAAUAAUACAGUAUUCUAGACAUCAGUAUGUUAUCAGCUGAAGGUUCACUCUCUGUUCUAAAUAGAUUUCCUGUAUUUCAUUUCAUUUCGUUUGUUAUUUUGGUCACACGCUCCUUCCAUCUAUUGUAGAGGAUGUUUGCUAAGUCCCUUCAGAGCAAAUUUAUAUCUACAGAUGCAUACAUAACCCAAACUCCCUCCUUCUGCAAUGGGUCAUUUUUUUUUAUUAAGCAUUCCUCCCCUUUCCCUUGACAGACUCUUUAUUAAUGAGACUUAUAUCACGUUAAAAGUAACAAAACUAAUGGGUUCAUGAAAGGGCCUAAAAAGUGCUUGAUUCAUGGAAGUGCUGAAGGCCUUAUUGAUUCUUUCUUAAAAGAGGAAUCAAUAAAAUUCAUGUCAAAUGUGAAAUUGUACACUAAACUGCUCUUAUCUCUUAUCUGAUUUGCUGACUUGACCAUGUAUCAAGGGGACUAAUGAAAUUGAACACCUCUUAUGCAGUUAUUAUCAGAAUGCUGUAAUAUUAAUAUCAAUGAGGAAGGCUUAUUCACACUUACGGGAAGCUCCCAAAGACAUGAGAACUGUUUUCCAGCAUCAAUGUUAAACAUAACUGGGGAGCAUUUUUGGAAGCAUGUGUAUGUGUUUGAAUAUACACAUAAUUAGGUGAAAUUUUACCUGCAGCCAAGCAACUGUUGGUGCUGUUGGGCAACUCAUCUGCUCCUCCUUUGUUAAAAGUGCUUUAAUGCCGUGUUUGAAAGUGAACUUCAAAUAAAACAGGCUUGCUGGAAUAAAGGCAUGACUUCGUGGAUUCAGUCAACUUCAAAAUGAGAAAGACUGGCAUAUAUAGGAUAAAUUCUGGUGUGAAAAACUAAUGUUCCAGAACUAAGACCUGCUUCAAGCCUUCCCAUUAAUCAUUCACUCAUUCCACACUUUGCAAUACAUUUCACAUCACUUUCCAAACCGCAAAAGUCCAUCUUUAACUGGAUUUGUUGCAGUAGGGUGGCAGAAACCUUUAAUCUACUUUAAAUGUUCAAACCUAAAGUUACGAUUGGGGCUCACUGUUGGAAAAGCCCAUUGGGAAGUUGGACAGAUAGAAUAAGCCUUCUCACAUACAAGGUUUUCCAAAGUUAUGUCUCUUGAAUGAAAUCAGUAUAACCCAAAGUGUCACUUUCUUGACUUAAUGGCUAAAGCUAUGGAGUCAUGAAACUGCAAUCUUAUACCCUGGAGUAAGCUCCAGUGAAUUCAGUGGGAUAUGCUUCUGAUUCUGGGUAGACAUUAUGGGAUACUGCUGUUAAUCACACAUGAUUUGUAACUAACAACUGCUUAUGCAUUUCUGACUUUCUUCCUUGCAGGCUCAGUCCACCUUCGUAUCCCAGAAUCCUCCCCGGUUGGCACUGCCAUUGGAACCAUAAAAGCCUCUGAUGCAGACAUUGGGAGGAACGCAGAACUUGAAUACCGCAUUAUUGAUGGUGAUGGAAGGGAUAUGUUUGACAUUGUUACACAGAAGGAGACACAGGAAGGAGUUAUAACAGUGCGAAAGGUGUGUAUUAUCUCCAUGAAUUACUAGGUGCUUUAAAAUAAUCAGCUUUGAAAUUACAUUUUAUAUUUCGCAGAGUUGGUACCAUUAUUAAAAGUUUGUUGGUUGUCCAGAAAUGCCAUGUAGCUCCGUUUUAGAUUCCACAAUUAUAGCUGUGCAGUUAUUUGAAGGUUAUCAGAUUUUUUUCAAAGAAUCCGGGGACACUUCUCUUCUGUGGUCUCCUUUGUCACACGGCCUUUCUCUGUGUCCUGGCCUGCUCUCUUGGAGCACUAGCUGCCAUGGAGUAGGCUCAGGUCAGACCUGGGCUUGUCCACAUGUCCUUGCCCUCCCGGUGCUCUCCUACCUCUCCACCUCAGCGGUGGCACCUGCAGCAGCGCGGCAAGGUCGGGGCUCCCCUCUUUUUUCUUCUUCCUCUUUCUCUCUCUUCCUUCUCCUCUCCCCUUUCUCCCUACAUUGGCUCCAGGGUUUUCCUGGCCCCAGAGCACCGCUGGGCAGUCAACCGGGUGACCGGGUGCUCAUGCUCCUGGCUUGAUUUGGGUUGCGGGGUUUGUGUGUCAGCAGUUCCCCCAGUUGACGCGCCGGGCGUCCCCAGUUCCCCCUCAGCAGUGGCAGUGGCAGUCUCAGCAGCCCAGAGUCAGACUGGUAGUGCAGUUGGCUCUGGCUGGCUUCAGGAGCUGCUUGCUGCUGUGGCGCCUGCCAUUUUGCCUCGCCGGAAGUCCCUAUAUGGUGUGUCUUGUGCCGUUGAACCAAUCACACAACAUUCAUUCCCUACUAAUAAAUCUGCAACACUUAAAAUAUAAAUCCAGGGACAUUAAAUGAAAUCCGUGAACAUUCCAGGGGCGGAUUUUGUCCGGGGACAGAUUUGUGAAUCUGGGGACUAUCCCCGGGAAACGGGGACGUCUGGAAACCAUAAGUUAUUUGCUAUACCUUUCAAUUUAGCAAAGGUUGCUUAUUGUAGGAAAAAAUAUUUUAACAGUAAUGCAUUCAGAGGUAGAAGAGUGGACCCAAAUGCAAAGUAUUUCAUAUUUGUAUCAAAAGAGGAAAGGCUGUCAUCAUUAGAGCUGUUGCCAUAUUUUGCCAAAGCAAAAUUCAGAGAAAAUUUGAGAGGAAGUGCCUUAGAGAUUUGUGGGAAGCCAACAGAGUUUUCAUAGUUCCAGAGCAGUUUCUCAAGGGGUUAAGGUCCUGCACAGCCACAAUGAAUGGGUGUCCACAUAGCUAUUCUGUGUCACCCUUUCAGUAUCUAUUCGGAUACUAUUGUUGCAUUGAGGUGCAGUACCUUUGGCAGUUUGAAAACCUGAGAAUAUAUCUGAGACAUAAUUAGCAUGUACAACGUAAAGUUCUCCUUGAGAACAAGGUUAAGAUGGAGGGAGGAGAGUCUCAAUAAUGCGGGAAGGGAGCGUCUGUUGCCAACGUAAUAUAACUUCAGAGUAAAUAGAAGAUUUAAGCGCCAAGACAGUCUGGCAUCCUUCAUGAGCACUAAUUUAACUUUAAAGAUUUGAGGGAAAAUAAAUUCAAAAAUGUCUCCAGAAUCCAUUUUGGGUCCACCUUUUGAUAUCUCUCUGUUAUAUUGUGCAUGCUAAUGAAGCUUUGCUCCAAUGUCAGACAAGCUGCACUUUCUCUCAGCUUGUUCAUUCCCUGGAAAUCAUUAAUUAGCUAGCACUUUUCAUCUGCAGUCACAGAGAAAUCGGAGAAUGGAAUCUCUUGUCUAUCCACCCCCCCCCCCAAAAAAAGAAGUAUUCUAAUUAUAACUCCAAACUUUUCAUCUUCUCACUUUAAAAAGCACUUGCUGACAAAAUGUCACAUAUAUUUUGCCAAAACUUCCCUGAUGUCAGAUUCAUGAAAUGCAAUGUAAAUGAACCAGGUUAUGCACAGAUUUUCCAUAAGAUAAUUUAAAUUCAGGAUAUAUAUAUAUAUAUAUAUAUAUUCAUAAAAAUUAGCCUUAUGGUGGUCACUUGACCAAUGUUGUGGACUAUAAAACUGCUUGAUAUGGUGCUACUGAUGAGACCCUGGAUUUUGCAUGGAAACUGCUAUUACCUAAAGAUUCGCUACUUGCAUAUGCACUUGAGAGCUGAAGACAGAAGAGUCAAGUGAAGUAUUUGUUUUUACAUCAAAUCCUUCUGACAAUUUGAUGCAUACAGGCAUGGAUGGGAUUGUCUCAUUGCAUAGUCACAACCACUCCAUUGCAUUAGAAGGUAGUUAGGAAGUAGUGACUUGCCCACUGAAUCCAAGGUCACAAAAACAGCAGAUAUGCUGAUAAAACUAGACCAGGUCAUUUCAUUGAGGACAGUGUUUCUAAAAUUAUUUGCCAGUGGGCAGAAGGAACCCUGCACUUUCAAAGCUAGCAUAUCAAAAGGAAAGCUUGAAUCCUUUUCUCUGGAAUCAAGUUUUUCAGUUGUUAUGGGUUUCCAAAAGCAUUCAGUCAUGUCACCACCUCUGAUCUGAUGCAAUGAUGUGUAGAUCUGCCUCUUCUGAAAUUGCAUUAGAGACACUCAUUUCAAACUUUUUUGACAAAUGGCUGGGAAAAACAGAUCCCUAGGUACGAAACUGGAUCAUAACAUUUUGGCACAUGUGCAUUCUCCACAGUGUGGGUGCCAGUUCAUGGUCUGAACAAUUGUGCAGUGCUCCUGCUUCAGCUGCAGUACUAUUGAGGGCAAGGAGGACAUGAGUAGCUGAUUCAAUGGCCAGGCAACUGUUCUAGUGGUGGAUAUCUUCCCCACAAUGCACACCCAUCCUUUUCCCCAAUUGGAAGAAGAGUCUGAUUCAGUGCCAAGUUCAGGACUGGAAUCAUUGGGCAACUACUCAGAUCCCAGCAGGAGGCUUACUGCCACAUCCCAGAACCCUCUGCUUCUUCUGCGAGCAAUUCCAAAAGCAAGGGAAAGGAAUAGCAGUCUCCACUCAAAUUGCUUUCUUCUUCUGAGCAGUGAUGCAGGCUGUGUCCACAGGGAGAUGGCAAGUGGGGAGGAGGAGGAGGAGAAGAGGGCCUAUUCACUCUUUCCCAGAGUUGGUUUUAGGGUGAUGUUGUUGAUACGGUGGCGCUGGGCAGAACACCUCAAAGGACACCACAGUGAUGCUGCAGAACGGACUGUGAGACGUGGGCACCACCAGAUGUUAGUGUUGCAAAAGGUGCCGCUGAAAUUUGAGAGCCCAAAGUCUGCCACUGCUUUGCCUAGAGACAAGAUGGUUCCCUCUCGCCAUUUCAUAUACAGAAGCACGACAGUGGAAAAUCUCUCUCCAAUAUGUGUGAGCCAACUGGCUAAUUAGGACAUUGCAAAUUUUGGAUAAGAUGGAUUGUUUCAAGAAGUGGCAGAAAUAUAUUUCCAGAUUUGUUUGGCAGGGCAAGAAGCCUCAAAUAAAAUUUAAGAUAUUAACUGAUGCCAAAGAAAGAGGUGGAUUUGCCCUGCCAGAUCUUAAACUUUAUUAUGAAUCAGCUGCUUUUUGCUGGCUGAGAGAAUGGCUGCUUCUUGAAAACACUGACGUGUUGGAUUUAGAAGGUUUCAAUAAUGCAUUUGGCUGGCAUGCAUAUUUGUGGUACGAUAAGGUAAAAGCACAUAAAGCGUUUAAAAAUCAUAUUGUUAGAAAAGCAUUGUUUAAUGUUUGGAUAAGAUAUAAGGAUUUGUUAGAAAAGAAAACCCCAAGAUGGUUGUCACCAAUGGAAGCGAAGGCACAGAAAAAAACUCAAUAUGGAGGCCAAAUGGCCGAAAUAUUGGGAAAUUCUGGAUCAAGAUGGAGACAGAAUAAAAUUGCAGAGCUUUGAAAAAUUGAAAAACAAAGUGCAAGAUUGGCUCCAUUAUUACCAAAUAAUGGAGGCAUACAAUUUGGACAAAAAAGUUGGUUUCCAGGUGGAAAAAUCAAAAUUGGAAACAGAAUUGUUAGAUCCAAAGAUUAAGAAUUUGUCAAGAAUGUAUAACUUGCUGUUGAAAUGGAACACUCAGGAUGAAAUGGUGAAAUCAGCUAUGAUUAAAUGGGCACAAGAUGUUGGACAUAACAUAAUGAUGGCCGACUGGGAACAGUUAUGGACCACAGGUAUGAAAUUCACGGCAUGUAAUGCCCUAAGAGAAAAUUUAAUGAAAAUGAUUUAUAGGUGGUACAUGACACCAGUCAAGCUUGCAAAAAUUUACCAUUUGCCCGACAAUAAAUGUUGGAAAUGUAAUGAGACUGAAGGUACAUUCUUUCACCUUUGGUGGACAUGCCCAAGGAUUAAGACAUUCUGGGAGAUGAUUUAUAAUGAAAUGAAAAAGGUAUUCAAAUAUACCUUCCUGAAGAAACCAGAGGCCUUUCUCCUGGGCAUGGUCGGCCAAUUGGUGCCAAAGAAGGAUAGAACUUUUUUUAUGUAUGCAACAACAGCAGCAAGAAUACUCAUCGCGAAGUAUUGGAAGACACAAGAUUUACCCACCCGGGAAGAAUGGCAGAUGAAGUUGAUGGACUAUAUGGAACUGGCGGAAAUGACUGGCAGAAUCUGAGACCAGGGAGAAGAGUUGGUGGAAGAAGACUGGAAAAGUUUAAAGACUAUUUACAGAAAUACUGUAAAAUUAAUGAAUGUUAGAAAAAUGUUGGAAUGAAGUUAUAUGGCUUUAGUAGAAAUGUUAUAAGGAAUUAAGUAUAAAUAGAUUAAUAGAGAAUUAAAGGGAAAAAUAAGGUUAGAAUGUGUUAAGAUAAUUAUAGGAUAGAAAACAGAGGAAGAUGGAAAGGAAUUGCUGAAACAAUUAACAGAAGUGGAAUACAAAAAGGGAGGUGUGAGGAGGUCGUGGAAAUAAGUGAAUGAAAGAUAAGAUACUGAAAUUGUUUGAUGUGUUUUAAACUGUUUUUGUUUUGUUUUGUUAGUUUAAUGUGUUAGUGUUAUGUAGUGUUUUUGUAUUGUAUUGUAUUGUAUUGUAUUGUAUUGUUUUUGUAGUGUUUAAAUUGUUGGAAAAGUAAUAAAUAUUAUUUAAAAAAAAAUUAGGACAGGCCUUGUGCAUGAACAACUCUGUCAUCUGACAGAGGGUAAUGGCUCAGGAGGAAGAACCGGGGUGUAUCUGAGCUGCAUGUUUAACUCUGCCUAAUGGUUGGGCUAGCCCUACCAGUCUAAACCCAGCAUUCCAGUUCUUCAAGGGAAACCAGUAUUCAAGAGAAGCCUUCCAGUGCACAUGUGCAAUCCUAUUCUCAGUUGCAUGAUCAUCCAGUCCUCAUUAAAUUGACUAAAUGUGUGUUUGUGUUUAAUAAAAUUUGCCCUCCCCAUCUAGAGUCACUAGUUGCUAUGCAUGACUACUUGUCCAUGGCAAAAGCAGGAUAGAGACCCAACACUUAACCCACUACAUCUGGGACUCUAAACUCCCAUCCAACCCAUGGUCAACAGUCAGGUGUAUCCCAACAUUUUGGGGUGGCACAUGUUAGCCACGCCUGUGCGACACCAUAAAGCAAGCAAUAUGUAUCUUGGAAUAUGUCAUUAUUGUAUGUGCUUUGGUACCUGUGAUAUUGCUGCCAUUACAUAAAUGGCAAAUGGUGCUUGCUAUGCUAUCCCACUUUUCACAAUGUGACUUUCUGACACCUAACAUAUUUUUGUGUCAUUGUGUUAUUGAGUUUAUUCCAUCCCUAUGUUGUCUUACAGCCACUGGACUAUGAGAAUCGAAGGCUAUAUACUUUGAAAGUAGAGGCAGAGAAUCUAUAUGUCGACCCGCGAUUUUAUUACCUUGGACCUUUCAAAGAUACAACCACUGUGAAAAUAUCAGUGGAAGAUGUGGACGAGCCUCCCAUUUUCAGCAGAUCCUCUUACCUUUUUGAGAUCCAUGAAGAUAUUGAGGUGGGCACAAUCAUAGGCACUGUGAUGGCCCGAGAUCCAGAUUCUGCUGCAGGUCCUAUCAGGUAAAGGCCAGAAUCAAAAACCCUAGAUUGAUAACAUCUCUAUAUCUAGUUAUUUCAGCUGAUAUUGUUACUCUGACUGGUGAGAUGCAUAGAAAUGUAGGCAUGAGGUACUUGAUAAAGAAGACUAAGGUAUUCUAUCCUGGACUGAGUGAUACUGUAUUCUUGAAGAAGAUUGUUUUGAUCAUGUAGAAUGACAUUCUCAGAAGCCUAUCAGGCCAGAGUAUGAAACUUCAAGGCAAUGUUGUGACUUUCUGUCUCUCAUUUUUGUAAUGAAACAGUAGCUCUGUCUCUGCUCUAAUACUAUUAGGGACAGAUACUUACUUUUGGCCAAAAAAACUAGUCUAUGGGUAUAUAUCUCACUCUCUACACAAGACAAAACAACAUUGUGUCAUUCCCCCCCCCUCCAGAAAUUUAUGUUGUAGAAACAAAAUGUUACCCCAAAAAAUCUAAACUUGAAACACAGAAUUUUGAAAUUGACUAUGCAACUUUAAAUCUAAAAUUGACAUUCAAAGGUUUUGGCAAACUUCAAAUAUGAAAUCUCAAAAUGAGUGAGUUAGAAUGUCCCUUUUGCAGUGGGAGCAAACAAUGAAAUCUUUCAUUAUUUCCCAUUUUUUACUAAUUGGAAAACCAUAGUUAACAGUUUCAGGACAUGCUAGGUUUUCAACCAAACCACAAUAUAUUGUCCUGGCUUAUAAUGAAGCUGUUACCAGGCAACUACAGUUAAUGAAAGAGUUGCUGGUUUCUUCAUUCCAUUCCUCAAGUAAAAACAGGAGCAAAGACCCAUAAACACAUCUAAUCAAUUCACUGAUAUUUCAGCUUAUUAAGCAGAUAUGCUUGUCCAAACUCAACCUAUGUCAUAGCAUAUCAAUUUUCAAAUGCAGUCCAAGAGUUAAGUAUAGCAUACCAUCUACUGCCAAAUAUUGUUGUAAUUAUUGAAAACACAUCUCAAAAUCAAUUGUUAGAUAUCAUUUUGCAGCUAUUACAUAUUCAGUGAAUGUUCAGAGAACAAUGGAGCAUUAUCAUGAAUAUUUGGUUCAGCUCUAUGGAUUUGUUUUGUUUUCAGAAGCAUGUUAUUUUACUUCUCCUCCUCAACUGUUUAUAUGUGAUAUUUAUACAACCAAGAAGUAACGAGAACUCUGGUUUGGCUUCUUCAUCAAUUUCAGUCAUAUUUGACAAUAGCAUAAGCCAAACAUGAGCUAAAAAGGAAGGUUAGCUGGCCAUGCCAAGACUUGAAGCUCUGUAUUGGCAUAAGCUCAUCUCUCAUCCCGUUCUAUAGUUUCCAUUAUAUGACAGCUUUAUUAAUGUCUGUCCAUGCAGUUUGGAUAUUUAUUGGAAUGACAAUAGGAAUUUCAGCAACAGUUAAUGAAAGAUGUGAAUGUAAGGCAGAAAAAAUGGGCAAACAAGUACUGGCAAAUGUAUUCAGCAAGCUUGGAUAUGGCAUCAGAAAACCAGUUAAUAUUUCUAUAGGAAUAUAUUACCUGAUGUUUUUCCUAGGAAAAGAAAAGGGGAAAAAAAACCUCUUUCCUCAAAUCCAGCUAUCCAGAGUCACUAUUUAGGAAUCCACAAGAAGAAAUAAUUUCUAAGUUGUGAUUCAAGGACCCGCCACCCACUUGGGGAUAAGAAAGACACAUGGACAUAGUAUAUUAGGUUAAUGGGCUAAAAAAAGGUCACAACUUUAUUGAUUACAGCAUGUGAGAGGUAUUGGCUUAGGCAUUGGAUAAAAUAACAGAGCGUGACUCCACCCCCUCAGGGAGUGGUGAGUCUAACAAGGGUUAACCACCAGUGGGAGGAGCCUGCUGAUGCAAAUACAACUGAAAGUUCCCCCUGAUGUCAUCGGGGGUCAUGCCAUGGCCCUAGCCACCAGCAAGGGCAUCAGACAGGAUCUAUGACCGCCAGAUUCCUUUACCGCAAUACCCAUAAAGUAGAGGGGAAGGCGGUGGCCACACCCUGCCCUCCAAUACACAAACAUAUUCCAAUGCCUAACCGCCUAUACCUAAAAGUUGUGACGAUUUGCUACGAGGUAGGCGAAAAACCAAGUGGCUGGUGCCAAUUUGCCAGUUCAACCCAGAGGGGACAAAGCAACAGAAACCCACAGAAAAUGCAAGGCAACCGCCCCCCCCCAAGCCAGUCUCCAAACCUCACGGUCUCCAAACCGCUGAUGAUUCCGCUUCCCUUGAGGCACUCCACUCAGAAAUCUGCUGCCAAGACAAAAUAAUUGAGCCCCUGCUUCCCUGCAGGAAUGGCUCCUCCUGGCUCUCGCUGGCCACACUCCCAAACCAGCCGAAAAACAACAAGCUCCUCCAGAGGUCUUGAUCCGAUGAAAACCAGCAGCGGAAUGAAAGGGAAGUGCUGCCGUGGCCACAUGUGAGCAGCAAAACCCCGCCCCCAAACCUCCACCUGAUUGGUUGGCUGGCUGGAACGCCCCCUGUCAACGCGGGAAACGGCUCCUGCUCACAACUCCUCCCCUCUGUAAGGAGGAGAGGCUUAAUGGCAGGCACCAAGAAACCAAAAAAAAAAUCACUGCAGUUUUGAAAGGUGCAGUCUCCCAUCUUGAUUUAAAUUGGCAGUCAAUUUCCCUCCAAACAUAGACAAACACUUGCUCCGUAAUCUCUGGAGCUAUUGUGCAAAACUUUGUUAUGUUAUCUUAAGAGCUGUCCUACUGCAUAGAGAACAAAGUGAAAAACAACUUUCAUAUCAUAGCGGGUUCCCUGAUUUCAUGCACACCCAGGACUGUGGUUCAGCAGGACAAAUCCUCCAAUGGAGGAGGUUGCAUGUUGACAGCUUUGCGCUUUUAUUAUAUAGUAAGAUAGGUCUUCGCAUCCAAAGAAUUUAACAAUAAUUAUUCCCUGCCAACACACAGCUUACCCCUACCCAACACAAUCCGGCCAUGCCAAAAUAAAUAGUGGUUUGUGAGAAGAUAAUGAAGAGGAAACAUUGACACUGAUGUCAGUUGCAAUCCAUUGUUCAGUAUGGCCAAAUCACCUGUUUUCUGUGAAAUAAGCUGCAGGUGAAUAAUUAACUAGAACUAUUGAUAGUAAUGGACGGGGGAAAAACUGUCCCUACAAUUUUUGCAAUUUUCCAUGAAAUUAUCUGGGGUUUGAGGAAGGAGCAGCAGGGUUACAUUGUACCAUUCUAAUUAAAUGUUUUUGGACCACAGAGAUAAUAGAGCUAAUAAAGGUAAAUGACUGUAUUUAUCUUGUUAAGUUCACAGGGAAAGAAAAGUUACAUUUUUGCUUAUUAAAGCACAGUUGUUGGUUCUUACAGUUCUGCCUUUUUACAGAAUGCAGAAAACACUUGAUGCAGCAACACUGUACAUAUAUAUAAAAAAAGAGAUUAACUAUGAAUUUUCCUCAGUGAUGAUUAUAUAUAUUUGUGCUAACACAAGUCUUUGGCACACAGGCUUGCACACAUCUUUUCUGCCUCGGUAAAUGGAGCAAUAAUUCUUUUUCAUACUGACAAUGCUGCCGCCUUCUUUGGGUUGCUUUCUUCAUGGAAGUGCAACUCUGAGGCAUCGAUACUCUGAACAUUUUGUAUGGAACCUUUAUUAGAAAGGCCAACAUCAAGAAUAGAGAAAGACCUCCAUCUUAAAAGCACAUGCACAGCCCAGAACCCAAAGUUGCACAUGCUAUAUGGAACUGAGUUUCUGUUGUUUAGGGCAAACAGGGAUCUGUCACCAAAAGAGAAGAGAAUGAAAGGGAGCAAAGAUUAAGAAAGCAAAUAACAUUGAGGACAAAGCUGGGAGGAAAUUAUCAUAGUCAGUAUAAGAGAUGAGGAGGAAGAGAGAGCAAAGACAGACAUAUCACUGAAGUAGAAGUUGAAGCAGGUUUUAUACCACCACCGGUGUGAGCCCAGCAUUGCAAUUUACGUAUCACAUGUCAACGAGCUGGAUACUUUUUCAGCAAAGGGAACGUAGACUCAGUAACAUUUCAGAGGCAUUUCUGAUGGCCGCCUGUGGGGCUGCUCCGUUCCUCAUGGUUCUUCUGCUUCAUGCAUGAGAAUAGUCAAGUGGGAAUUGGAAGUGCUUCUGUAUCAUCGAGUCCAUGAUCCAUCAUGCAAAAUGGCUUCAGGAACUGUCAUGGGGGAGGGGUGCAGAGAGAUUUUCAUGAUUUCUUAAGAAUGUUGGGAAGAGAUUGGUCUGAAUAAAAUUCGGAUCGGGAGCUUCCCAAUGGCUCCACGACUCUAGUGACGCAACAUCUGUCUGAACACUGAUUUGGAAUGGGUGUUUCUUAUAGAAAGAUGAAAGUGGUGCAUGUGCAGUUGGCAAAUCUUUCUCUACUUGAUCCAAUUUAGGUUUUCUUUGGAUCGCCACACUGACCUUGACCGAAUCUUCAACAUACAUUCUGGAAAUGGAUCUAUUUAUACUUCCAAGAUGCUUGACCGAGAAAUAUCACAGUGGCACAAUCUUAGUGUGAUAGCAGCUGAAAUCAGUAAGCUCAUUGCUAUUGACGCAAGUGUUUUCUUCAUGUUUGCAUGAGAAGAGGAUAUUGUGCAAAAUUAUUUUUCUUUGGAUUUAUGUGGAAGACCCAGUACCUCAUGUGAUGUUAAGCUUCAGUAUGUGGGAGCUGCUGCAGUGUCUGUUCCUUCAUGACACUGGUAGACCCACACUGGAGAAGUCCAUGUAGGUAGGCUCUUAGGAGCUUCUCGCCAUGUCAGAAUUGUUUCUGUUUAGGGGAGGGUCAAUGCUGGUCUGGGAAGGAGCUAUGGUGUAGGGGCCCCCCCAUACCUUUUGUUUGAGCAGAAUGGCGUGACAGGAGCAUGGAUUGCGGCAAAUCCCACAUCCUACAGAUGCUGUCAGAGGGUCCCCUAAGGGUGAGACUCUCCCUCAAAAAGUAUGAGUAACACAUUAAAGGACCUCCUAGUUUAGUCAUCUAUAAUUCUGUGUGUUGAAGUUGUGGCAUCGAAGAUUCUGCCUUAGCUGGUAGAAAUUCAUAUAGUGAAACUGCUGGGUCUCCUCCCCCCUUUUUUGUUCUUAAAGUGCCAUGUAUCCGUGGCCUCCUAGUUUAGCUCUGAUAGAAAAGAGAAUCUAUUUUUAAAAAAGAUUACUGAUUCCCCCCUGCUUUGACAGAUAACCCCAAAGAGAUGACUCGCGUUUCUGUUUACGUUCGGAUAUUGGAUGUGAACGACAACGCACCACAGUUUGCUGUGUUCUAUGAUACUUUUGUGUGUGAAAAUGCGAGAGCGGGCCAAGUAAGUCAAUUUAUGGAAAUGUUUAAAGCUAUUUGGUUCUGUUAUGGGAACAGGCACCAAGUCAUUCAUUUACAAUAAUGUGUCUAUUCCUUAAGAGUGAAAGAUUGCUUUUGAGAGCAGUUUGGGGAACUUAACAUGAAAAGGGGGAAAAUGGCUGCCAGCAAAUCAGACUCCAGCCUUGUACAGCAAUGCUUCCCAGCUACAUCAACAUGUAAAUUACCAAAUGACUUUCUUGCAGAUCCACAAAAGGAAGCUUUGUGCUCGGAAGACAUCAAGCUCCUUUCUCCCUCCCCCCACCCCCCAAAAGAAAACAGUUUCUCUUCAGUUGUUUUCUCGGAUUUGUCCUUAAAAAAACACCCUCUUAAUUGUAUUCAGUGCCGCCUUCAUGGAGGAAAGUGUUAUAUGUUACAAACAGUAAUUUGUAAUCAUUUUUUAAGCAUCCUUUGCUACAUAACUCAAUUGCGCUUUGACUUGACAUGGAUAGUGUUCUAAAACAUCACUGUCAGCCUUCUAUUUUUAUGCAAAUGCCGGUUUUUAUCUCAAAAGGCUUUCUGUGGGCAAAUCACACAACAGCAUAAAAAGUUGUUUGCAUCCGAAGGACAAACAUUUGCUUUGCUUUGCCUCUUUAGGAGAUACUUUGAACUGUACUUGGAUCAAUGUGAAAUGACUUUGCCGUCAAGAGCGGCAAAGUACCGGCCAUUAGGGCUUCUUGCAACUCACAAUUGUGCCUCCUGAGGAGAAAGAAAAUGGGAAGAGUGAGAGGACAGGGGCACCUUAACUCUUUCACUUCCUGCUGUUUGUCUGCUCAAAUCACUCCUCCCCCCAAACCGCUUUCCCACUUUUGUGGGGGUGAUGGAGGGGCACACAGUCUCACCUUCAGGGAGGAGGAUUUUUUAAAGGGUUUGCCAGAAUUGGCAGGGAGAAUAAUGUGACAUUGCUUCUAUUAUGUUUCGUGUCAGAGGGGAGCAGAGGAGUAUCUAAGGGAAGCUUUUGUGCUCCAUCCUUCCACAGGGUUUACUUCUAUCGGAGGCUGAGCCAGAAUUUUCUACUCAGAAAGGGUGAGGGGGAAUUUGACAAACUUCUCCCUCGACUCAGCAUUUUCAUUUACGCUGCCAGGCACUUUCUGUCAGCAGCUAAGGCACACACUGGAAUAUCAUUAGCCGACCACCCACUCCCCAUGCAGACAGAGCAGCAGGCAGGUUGGGGACAGGGAAAAAAUGGUCCCACACUCUCUGUCCUCGGGGUGAUGUCAUGUGACUUUAGCAGCACCCUGAAGCCAGAAAGAGCAACCAUCUCCCUUUUUACUCAACCCGGAGUCAGCACACCAAUGAGAAAGCUUCAGGUGGUGCUUCAGGUGGUAGAAGCACGUGGCAUUGUCCCACCUGCAUCAUCACUGGUGCUGCUGGUGGAACACCCACUUCUCACUGAUGAGAAGAAGAAGAAGAAGAGUUUGGAUUUGAUAUCCCGCCUUUCACUCCCUUUAAGGAGUCUCAAAGCGGCUAACAUUCUCCUUUCCCUUCCUCCCCACAACAAACACUCUGUGAGGUGAGUGGGGCUGAGAGACUUCAGAGAAGUGUGACUAGCCCAAGGUCACCCAGCAGCUGCAUGUGGAGGAGCGGAGACUCAAACCCGGUUCCCCAGAUUACGAGACUACCGCUCUUAACCACUACACCACGCUGGCUCUCAGUGUGCACAGUUUUGCUGCUCAUCUUUCCCCCUGCCCCUGGGUGGAGAAGACAAGAGGCAAUGUUUUGAGGGACGCCUCAGCUCUUGCCAAGUUUGGCUAGAGUGGGGGCACUCCCCGGCAAUGAUGGAAAUAGGGGAUGGGGCACAAUGGCAGGUGGGGGCUGGCAGAGAGCAACACUUUCUCAUUUCACCUCAGGUGGUGAAAAGGGACACAUCACCCCUGAGUUCACCUGUAGUGAGAACAGACUGCAUCCCCCAGCCAUCAACAUCUCGGGUAGCACUUUGGAUUCCUUUAGCCCAGCCUUUCUCAACCUGUGGGUCCCCAGAUGUUGUUGGACUACAACUCCCAUCACCCCCAGCUAGCAAGGCCAGAGCUCAGGGAUGAUGGAAGUUGUAGUCCAACAACAUCUGGGGACCCACAGGUUGAGAACCCCUGCUUUAGCCAAACCCCAAUAUAAGCUCUCAGAUAUAGGGUGACAAAUAGAGUAAGAUUUAGAUGCAUUUACAUUACUUCCCAUGCCACAUUUGGGGUCAUAAGUUUAUGCCAUGCCUGUUGAAUUUGAUACACAUGACCAGGCUACAAAACAAAUUGCAAGUCACAUACCUGUGCGGGGCAGAAAAAAGCUUUUUGAUUUUUCUGGUUUACAACUACUUUUCAACAGAUUUCAUAUUUUGAACUGAACAAAGGCUAAAGAGUCUGUAGCAUUUGACUGUGUCCACAACUGCAUUCUUCCCAAAUGGAUAAAUAGGCAAAGACUUUUUAAUUUCCUCUUACAUAUUGAUUUAGUUGGGAGUUAUGCAUUUAUUUAUUACUUUUCUAUCCUGUCUUGCCUCUAAGGAGCACAAAGUGGCACACAUGAUUCUCCUUCUCUUCAUUUUAUCUUCACAGCAAUCCUAUGUGCUAAAUUAGGCUGAAAGACAGCUAUUGGCCCAAUAUCACCCACUGAGUUCCAUUGCUGGGGUUGCAAAAAUGCCAGAAACUUUUGCUUCUGAUUUGAGUUAACCAUGGUUUAUAAUUAUGUAUGAACCGGAAACUGUGGUUAGCUGAACCUCAAGUAUGGUAUAGGGGGACAAACCAGAAUUGUAAACCAAUGUUUAAAGUUGCCUUGUUUCCGUAAUUCACAAUUAAGAUUAAUUGCAGUUUGUUUAGGUUCUGACAUAACAAAAUCAUUUGAAUAGAACGUCCAACCAUGGUUUAUUAUUAUGUGACUAAGGCUUGAUUUCAUUUACUCUCGCUUUGCCUCUCCUUUUUCAAUGCAGCCACAAGGAGGAGAGAGGAAAUUUUCAUUUUACUGCCAUUUAGUGUUACAUGUGAAGCCUAAACUGUGAUUAAUCUCAGCUUAUGGCUCGUUGAAACAGGUUGGCUUCAUAAAUCACAGUUUGAAGUUGGUUUGUUUCAGUAAAUCAUAGUUAAGAUAAAUCUGAAGUUGAUUUGCAUAAAGAUGAAUCAUGGUAGCCAAAGUCCUUCCCUUAGGCAUUCCCAGUACAUUUUCCCAUCUGUUUUCUUGUGCAGAGGAGUUGAAAGGCAUAACAUUGUGGGAGAUGGGGCAGGGAUAAACUAUCCAAACGUGUCUUACGUGUUCCUACUGCAGGAAGAUAGAUUAAAGAGUUCUUUGCCUAUAUCUCCUUUUGGAAGAAAGCAGCUCAAGUGAAUAAUGGGGGUGGGGGGAGAGACCAUAAAGGAUAUGGGGCAAAUUGCAAAGUUUUCUGAAGCCAGAUUUGGCCACUGGGCCUCCAGUUGCCUACUAAAGCUCUGGGGAAUAAAAAGAAACCAAGUAAACAAUGUAAUUGUUGUUUGAAAGGUGGGAUAUCAAAUCCAAACUCUUCUUCUUCUUCUUCUUCUAUGUGCAUUUGACUUUACUGUGUUGUUUGGGGUGGAUAAAUGUUACGUACCAUGCAAACACAGAAACAUAUUUUGAAAGCGUCCUUCAAGGCCACUUGUACUUCUCAGAGCAAUCAGACAACCUUCUCACCAAUGUCAACUUGUUUUUCCUUGCCCUUCUCUGCAGCUAAUACAAACCAUAAGUGCAGUUGACAAAGAUGAUCCCCUCGGAGGACAAAAGUUUUUCUUCAGUUUAGCUGCUGUUAAUCCAAAUUUCACAGUCCAGGACAAUGAAGGUAUAAUGAAUAAGACAUCUCGGGAUGUGAGAUGAGUGAUUCUUCGUGCACAUUUCCAGAGUAUUCUCAUUUUUGUGUAUUAGGUAACUGGGUUCAGAAGCAUGGCAUAGAAAUAAAGACAUGUUUCAACUCAUUUUCAAAGGACAGAUACGCACUAUUCUGGCCCACUGAACCACUGAACAGUGCUCUAGAGCAAAACCUACCCCGUCAUUUCAAGUUGCCGUAGAUUAGCUCCAGACAAACUCUUAUUUCCCAUUCCACAAUGACUUUUGUAGUAGCAAAAUGGUGGGCUGGUCCACCUAGUCAAGCAUUUAAUUUCCAACAGUGUCCAGCUGGGUGCCUCUGAGACCCCCUGGGUUUAAACCACUGAGCUUCUUGGGCUUGCCAAUCAGAAGGUCAGUGGUUUGAAUUCCCUGCAACGGAUGAGCUCCCAUCACUCUGUCCCAUCUCCUUACAACCUAGCAGUUUGAAAGCACUCCAGUGCAAGUAGAUAAAUACAUAGGUACUGCUGCAGUGGGAAGGUAAACGACAUUUCCUUGUGCUCUGGUUUCCGUCAUGGUGUUCCGUUGCGCCAGAAGCAGUUUAGUCAUGCUGGCCACAUGACCUGGAAAGCUGUCUGUGGACAAAUGCUGGCUUCCUUCGGCCUGAAUGCGAGAUGAGUGCUACAACUCCAUAGUCACCUUGACUGGACUUAACCAUUCAGGGGUCCUUUACCUUUACUUUACUUUUUGUUUUCUGAGACACCCACAAGCAGGGUAUGACGGCAGAGUCUUACCUAGUAUGUGAUCAGUGAAUGUAUACUGUUCUUGCUUGCGAUUAAUCAUCAUGUACUAUAGUCAAUGAUAGAUCCAUCCCCCAGCAGCACAUCAGCCACUAUUUUUUUCAGAGAUGAGAGAUCCAAUAAUGGAUAUCUGUCAUCUACCUAGCUUAAUGCAGAAAACGUUCAGUUACUAGUGUGCACCUUCAAUCAUUCAGAUUGUCUAUGGGGUUAGCUAGACAUUUCUUGGGGUUUUCUUUGCAUUUUGUCUAUGAUGCAGCAAGUAUGGAGUCAUAUCCCAUGUCCCACACCACUCAAUUCCUGUUAGGGGACAAAAAAAAUAACAAUUGCUCAUUAAGGAAACAAACCGGUUCUUUUGAGUGAAGUGGAAAUGGAGGGGAACAUUGAUGGCCUUGAAUAUUAUUCAUGCUAGCUCGCUUUAUUAAUGACAAACUUGUGGGGGGUUUUGUUCUUCAUUUAAAAGACAGUGGCAAGGGGAAAUGUCAAUAAACGUGGAACUGUGGCUUUGGGUCAGAAGGCUGCACACACAAGAUAGCCGACUGCUUGCUUCAGGGGAAAUAUUUAAUGGGAAGUCUGUUCAAGUUCUGCUAAUGUAACACUGAGUGCAUAGCUCUGUGGUUUUGUUGUAAUGUGUACAUUGUUUGUGGCUAACUGGUCUAGAUAACACUGCCCGGAUUUUGACGAGAAGGAAUGGCUUUAGCCGGCACGAAAUCAGUACUUACCUUCUGCCAGUGGUGAUCUCCGACAACGACUACCCUAUCCAAAGCAGCACUGGCACACUGACUAUCCGGGUGUGCGCCUGUGACAGCCGGGGGAACAUGCAGUCUUGCAAUGCUGAAGCUUUGCUCCUUCCAGCAGGUCUUAGCACAGGAGCGCUCAUUGCCAUUCUGCUCUGCAUCAUUAUUCUCCUGGGUAAGUUGCAGGGGAACGCUACUCUUUGCUAAAUGAAAUGUCACUAUAAAGAGAUAUUAGGCCCUGCCAAGCUGCAUCCUGCAGUCUUUUUUUUUUGCAGCCUUACGUACUUGUCACCACCUUUCAAUAAUCAAAUUGAUACACUGAUUGUCCCUGAAACUGGAUUAGGGUACAAUAUUAUCUUAUCAGCACAGAUGAAGUCGGAACUGCAUAACCACUUCAGCACGUUCCAGCUUGCAAGCUGCUGCUCCAGAGAUCGCCAACCUUUUUGUCGGGUGCAUGGGCACAUUAGGAAAUCUAGGCAACUGCUGUGGGCACCACAAAACGCUCAUUUCAUAGAAGAAGAAAAACUGGCGGUGCUCAGAACCAGCCCAAACAACAGGCAAUACAUUUAUACAGGGCAAGAAAAGCAAAUAAAGCAAAUGAAUGAAUGAAACAGGCAACAUCCCCACCACCGAAAAACCCUAACCAAGCAACAACAAAAAGUAAAACUGAAGAACAUCCCUAUUUAACAAAAAAAUGAGAGGGUCUAGAGGCCUUGGUGGGCAACAAGGGGGUUGUCUGAGGGUGACAAGGUGCCCACAGGCAUCAAAUUUGAGGCAUUUUUGUCCCAGGACAUUAAUAAUCAAGGCUACUUACUGAAAAAAUAGGAACAACUAAAAAAACCCCAACACAAUUGAACAUUCAUAGAAUUAAAACUAUAUAUAGAUAUAAAAUAUGCACACACCAUUACCUCUCUGGAGAGCUUCACAUAGAAUAAAAAGUGUGCCUCUUCCAAGAUUCACGCAUUUAUUUCUGAAUCAUUUGGUGAAUCGAGCGUCUCAUUUUUUACAAGGGGAACUUUUGCAUUAGAGAGUAAAGGAAAGAGCAGACGAGAAGAAAUGCUGCCAUACCUUAAAAAAGAAAAGAGGAAAUUGAAUUUAAAGUGUGAAUCAGCCUCUACUCUUUGGAGAUAACAAGCUCGAGUGGAGUUCCGUUAUUCUCUCUCUUUCUUCCUUUAACAAAAUAAUAAUAAAAAAAUCCUAAGAUUCCUACCCCCUCCUUUAAAAUAAACUUCCAGGGCACUUUUCAGCCUAAAUUAGGAAUACUUUAUCCGCGUAAACAAAUUGUGCAACGUAUGAAGAAAUGAGUGAAUGACUUAAAAUAGUCAGCAGCAGAUUUCACGGUGAAGCUAUGCUGCUUACCUUACUGCUGACUGGUGGAACCAAUUGCAGCACUUUGGGGAGGGGAAAUGGUGCCAGUAGAAAGGUGACUGGCUCUGCUGGCAAAUUUGCAUUGCAAAAACCUUUCUUCCAUCCUGGCCCCCUCCUUACCAUCCCAGUACACUGCAGUGACUCAGCCACACAGAGGUCAGGUGCGCAAAACAGCCCCACCAAGCCACCCUAGCUGAAAAUAGUACACUCUUUAAUAGGGAUUAUGGGGUGAAUUAAACUUUUUUUUUUAACUGUGGAUUUCCAAUUAGCUUUGCUGUCACUUCUUUCCUCAAAAGAAGGCAUAGUUCCUGCUUCAGCAAGCAGAUCUGAGGGAAACGAGAUGGGAUAUGUCAAAGAACAGCUGUCAAGUUUGAAAUGACAAUUAGCAGCUACUUUUCGAAGCAAAAGAACAAAGGAAGCAUUAGUUAAGCGUUGCAUUUUACAGACUAUAGCACUAAAAAAGAAGAAGGCUAUUUUGGGCAGACUGUUUUCAGUAUUUGGUUAAAGUGCACUUUCCGUAGGUUCUGGGCAGACAAAAGGAAAUUCUUUCACAUAAUGCAUAAGUAAUUUAAGGAAUUCACGACCAAAAUAUGCAGUGAUGGCAUACAGAUGAUUUUUUUUUAAAAAAGAAGAAGUUUAGUCUUAUUCAAGGGGGAUAGAACUCUCAACAGCUGUUAGGAUAGCUAAGAGAAACAUCCACGUUCAGAAUAAAUACCUUGUUACAGGCCACCCCAAUCUCUCCUGAGCAGAAGCCAUAUUUUAGGGGUCUUGGCACUUAACCUGGGUUUGUGUUUCUUGGGAAUGAGGCACAGAGGAGACUGCCGUGUCUUUAUGAAAUAUCGUUUAUUUUUGCACGUAUUUACAACCUGAGAUUUGGUGGAGGGCGUGGAGAACAUUACACCCUAAGAGUGCCUCUCGUUGUUCCUCCCAUAGCUUCAGCAAACUUGAUUCUAAGCACCCUCUGUUACCCCUGGUAACUUCACCCUCUCAGUUCUUCUGUUACUGUCCACUUCUCAGCUGGGAAGAAGGACGGCAUCUACACAGUCAAGUGUUCUUAAUGGCCUGUUGCUUAGCUGCCUUUGGGUUCUUAAUGGCAUCACUGUCAGCAAUCUUCUGAACAGAAGAAUUGGUUCAACCUGCAUUUUUCAUUGGCCUGGCAUCUUCCCUUCAUAAUCUAAAUAUUUGCCAAAUUCUACCCUUCAUUAAAUUUAGGGGAGUCUUGUGCCCUUACAAAUGCAUAACAACAUCUUCACUGCUAGAGCAAUAAAUAAUAAAUAAUGAAACCUCACACCCUUCCUGUGAGUUUCCAGAAGUAUUGCGGUAAAAAACAAAACAGAUUGACCUUCUUGGUUUGAUUCAUCCAAGGAAUUUCAUAUGUUCUCAUUUCAUCUAUUCUGGACGUCAAGGGUCAGGAUUACAAAUCCCCCACGAAGUUUCUUGGUAGGUUUCUAGCAAUGGUUGCACAUAGAUUAAUAUUGUUAUAGAUUUAAGGGGGUAAUGCCCCCAAACCCCAUACAUGCCAGGGUUUCAACUAAUUGGGAUAUGGAUUAAAGUGCAGAACUGUGCCAGAUAGGGAAUUCCUGGGCUGACUUACGCAAACCAGCCUGGCUGGCUGGCUGAAGAGCAAACUUGAUAACAUGACAAAAGGUGUUGAUGGCCCACUGGGGAGUGAGAUGUUACCAAGGGGGUGGGGUGUAUGUUUGAGGGGACAGGAAAAGGGUUUCUGGGAAGAAGAAGCAGGAAGAAGAGUUGAGAUCCAUCUUUGGGGGAGGCUGCUUGCCCUGCUGCCUCUUGAAAUGACCAUACCAUGAGAUCUGGACUCCCUCCAAGCAGACUGAGGGUGUAAAAAGGCUAAUAAACCAUAUUUCUUAAAGGCAUAGCAGUCUCUGCUGCACAUUCAAUUCUCCAAAGAAGGACAGACCUUUGGCGAGUGCAUGGCUGGGCUCUUGCCACCGCUUGGCAGAGAGAGGGGCAGGCACAUGACUUUUGAAACAGUAUGGUCCAAUAUUCAUAUAUUUGGUAUAAAAACACACAACAACAGUGUGCUGAUUUGAUACAGGAUGCCAAAUACAUCAUAGAGUACAGUGGUACCUUGGUUUUCAAACAUCUCAGUUGACGAACAUUUCAGUUUUCAAACGCCGUAAACCCAGAAGUAAAUGCUUCGGUUUUCGAACACGCCUUGGAAGUUGAAUAUGCCAUGUGGCUUCCGUUGAGUGCAAGAUCCUGAGGCCUAGCUGUCAGCUAUUGAGUUUUCAGUUUUUGACCGUUUCAGAAAUUGAAUGGUGUUCUGGAAUAGAUUACGUUUGAAAACCGAGGUACCACUGUAUUACCAAAUAGAGCAUGGCUGAAGUCUUGCACUGAGCUGGUAAAAAAUAGUAAUAAUAAUAAUAACAACGAUGGACACGACAGACAUGUUUGUUAGUAUCGCAAACUGCAAUUCCUUCUUAAUGGUGUUCUUUCUUUUUUCCAAGUUAUAGUGGUGUUGUUUGCGGCUCUAAAGAGGCAGCGAAAGAAAGAGCCUCUGAUCUUGUCUAAGGAAGAUAUCAGAGACAACAUUGUGAGUUAUAAUGAUGAAGGUGGUGGAGAAGAAGACACACAGGCUUUUGAUAUUGGCACACUGAGGAAUCCUGCGGCUAUCGAAGAUAAGAAGCUACGCCGAGAUAUCAUCCCGGAAACAUUAUUUAUACCACGGAGGACUCCUUCUGCCCCAGAUAACACGGAUGUCCGGGAUUUCAUUAACCAAAGGUUGAAAGAGCAUGAUAAUGACCCCUCUGCGCCACCGUACGAUUCCCUGGCAACUUACGCCUAUGAAGGAAAUGAUUCUAUAGCUGAAUCCUUGAGUUCUUUAGAGUCUGGCACUACUGAGGGAGACCAAAACUAUGAUUACCUCAAGGAAUGGGGGCCUCGGUUUAAUAAGCUUGCUGAGAUGUAUGGUGGAGGCGAAAGCGAUAAAGACACUUCCUAACCGACCGUAGGAUAUACAGUUUUUGUUCAUUUGAGAGGAAGUAACUUUACAGACACCUUCUCCACGUGACAAUAUUUGAUGUUCAGGAACAUUUUCCUGCCACUCAGCACAAUGGGUUUUUUUCCUUUCCUUUCUUUCUCGUUUCGUUUCGAAUUUGCUCAUUAAUGUCCUUUAUUCUUUCUCGUAGAAUGUCACAUGGAAUAUAUACAGCAUUUUAUUUAACCCCUUUCCAAAAGCCAAAGCUAUUGAAAUUCAGUGUGGUCCGAUUUAUGAAAUAAAGGAUACACUACCUUUGUGCAGGUUUAUAAUCUCCCAAGCAACCAUAGAUUUGAGUUGCUUUCAUUAAAUACAUGUUCUACACUUGCAAAUACAGCUUUUUUAAAAGACCCAGACCGUGAUCCACAGAGGGUCAUGAAUGCACGUUCCACAUGCACUCCUAUGUUUUUCCUUAGAAUUUUAUUUCUUUUUCAGGAACUGCCCACACAAGACCCCUGGAGAGCUUUCCAAAAUCUUGCAUAGAGAGCAUUCUCCCCAGAAUCAACAUGCCUAGAAAACAAGGGGCUUCUUUUUCUGUUACAAAAAAAUUAAUCUUCUGAAUAACAGCCCAGUGUGCAAAACCCAUCAGAUUUUCCAAUAAAUUCUUUGAAUUUUGCUAUAGGUGAAAUUUCAGUGGCACUUCUGGUUUGUGGGUUCUGUUUGUGCAAUUUCUGAAAAAGGACGUGAAAAACAAUUAAAAUGAAUGCACAGAACCUCUGUGCACUUCUUUUUAGAGAUUGUGGCCCUGGAAGAAGAAGAAAACAUAUGUCUCUAUUCUGUACAUUACAAAUUUCCCUGAAAAUAUACACGUGGUGUUAAUGUGAUAUGCAGCUGGUUUAAAAAAGAAAAAAAAAAACUUUGUGCAACUUCAUUUCAUCAGAUUCUAUCUGCCAAUGUUUUAUAUUUAUAUUUUUGUAUUUAUUUUUAAGAAAUAAACCAGUUUUAU